AUGUUUUUCAGACAGAGGAAUCUAAAACUGUUUUCACUUCUCUUGAUAUUAUUAGCCAUUACCUCUUUUCUUGUAAAUUACAACCAGAAUGCUGGAUCAUAUACGUGGAGUCCUGACAAGUACUUUACAAGAUUUUCAGAUCGAUUUCGUAGAUUCAUGACAUUUUCUCGAAGGAUUUGCAACUGUGAUACAUGUGUAGCUGAAUCAGAAAUCUCACCCUGGUUUGACGAGAGAUUUAAUCAGUCCAUUCCUGCUCUGUUGACUAAGCAAAAUAAUAUGAUCCCAGAAAGUGUGUAUCGAUGGUGGCUGGUAAGUUCCAAGUAUACAUUGUGGUUUCACAAGUAAAUGUGCUGGGUUGAUGGUUAAAAUGUUACUUGAGAUGUUCCUUUUAGAAAUUAUUUUAAAACAAUAUGACUAAAAGAUUCUUAUUUUGUAUCGUACAAUGCUAUGAAAAUAUUAGCCAUAAUGAUCACAAUAUCUGAUAUUCUUCUUCUUAUGAACAUAGAUGUCUACAAACUGCAUAACAAUUUUUCAAAACCUCUAAAGUAAUUUAAAAAAAAAUAUAUAUAUAUAUAUAUAUAUAUAUAUAUGUAGCUGCGGAGAUCUUCCGCAGUCAAUUAGAACUUGAGAUUCCAACAUGUGAAUUGCUAAACUACCAGCAUUCCACUGUGCAGAGAGACUUGUGCCUAAUGUUGCACAAUGCCAGUUUUGUAAAAACAUUCUGGGUAGCUAUAAAUACUUGUUAAUGUUACUAUUGAAAAAAAAAUAAGAAAUUUGAUGGCCUUAACACUUUAAAAUGAAUAUAAUUUUGAAUUGUAAAAAUAUAAAAAGAAUAGUGUGUACUAGUGCUUAAAAAAAUAUGGUUAGCAGCUCAAAGCACCCUUGUAUGAUUAAAGGAACACUAUAGUCACCUAAAUUACUUUAUCAUUCCCCUGCAAUUUCAAUCAAUUCACUGUCAUUUAGGAGUUAAAUAACUUUGUUUCUGUUUAUGCAGCCCUAGCCACACCUCCCCUGGCUAUGAUUGACAGAGCCUGCAUGGAAAAAAAAACUGGUUUCACUUUCAAACAGAUGUAAUUUACCUUAAAAAUAAUAUCAGGAAGUAUUACUUUACUGAGAGGGUAGUGGAUGCAUGGAAUAGCCUUCCAGCUGAAGUGGUAGAGGUUAACACGGUAAAGGAGUUUAAGCAUGCGUGGGAUAGGCACAAGGCUAUCCUAACUAUAAGAUAAGACUAGGGACUAAUGAAAGUAUUUAGAAAAUUGGGCAGACUAGAUGGGCCGAAUGGUUCUUAUCUGCCGUCACAUUCUAUGUUUCUAUGUUUCUAAAUAAUUGUAUCUCAAUCUCUAAAUUGAACUUUAAUCACAUACAGGAGGCUCUUGCAGGGUCUAGCAAGCUAUUACCAUAGCAGGGGAUACGAAAAUCUUAAUUAAACAGAACUUGCAAUAAAGAAAGCCUAAAUAGGGCUCUCUUUACAGGAAGUGUUUAUGGAAGCCUGUGCAAGUCACAUGCAGGGAGGUGUGACUAGGGUUCAUAAACAAAGGGAUUUAACUCCUAAAUGGCAGAGGAUUGAGCAGUGAGGCUGCAUGGGGCAUGUUCUAUACACCAAAACUGCUUCAUUAAGCUAAAGUUGUUCAGGUGACUAUAGUGUCCCUUUAACCUUACUUUCCUCACCCAAAAUGGUAAAAAUAUACAAAGUCAUAAGUGCAAACAGUAAAUGACGUAUACAGUAAUGGAGCACUAAAAAAAGUGUCUGUUUAACCUUCUUGGUAAAAUAAUAGCUGGGGGGCAACAUAAAAAAGAAAAAACAAUUGGAUAUAGGGCAGAUGGUAUAAAAUAUGAUGGAACGUAGCAGCAAAGGUAACUACCGUAGAUACACUUACAUGUAUUGGAGACUGGGAUUAUUAACUAAUUGAGCAGAUAUGCCUUUGAAGGAAGCAUCACACCUUUCUUCCCACAGCUUGUCACUCAAAGAGAGAACAGGAAUGGACCAAUGUAGUCUGUUGCAUUCAAUGGAGUUUAGAUGAGAAAUAUAAAAUUGCUCACCUUAAAUAGAGUCUUUGGCUCUAAGGGGGUGGGUGGGGGGGGGGGGCUGGGUGACCACAUCCGUAUACCCACAAGAACUGGAUACUGAAAACCACUAAAAUGUAAGUACUGUAGAAAUGUAUAUAAAAUAGCAACAAUACUUUAUUGAUAUAUACAUAAACACCACUUUGUGUGAAAACUAAAUUUAGAUAAUCCCCUUAAUGUGCACACAGUGGAAUAGUGCAGCGCUAGGCAAAAGGCUUACCCAUACAAUAUAGGGCGUUCCGGUUACAUAUGAGAAACGCCCUAUAUUGUAUGGGUAAGCCUUUUGCCUAGCGCUGCACUAUUCCACUGUGUGCACAUCAAGGGGAUUAUUAUCUAAACUUAGUUUUCACACAAAGUGGUGUUUAUAUAUCUGUUUUUCUGUGUUAUUAGGAGGACCCUAAGAGUGCUACAGCUGCUUUAAGAUACUUGAUAUUAUAUUAAAAUUACUAAGCGCCUUAUUUUUUCUUUCUCUGAAAUACUUUAUUGAUACUUACAAAAAAUAAAAUAAAAGUGCAGUAAAAACAAUAGCUAGAAACAUUAAAGCCAAAACGCAUUUAGUCAGAUUUGCUAUUUUCAGACUGAAAAAGCUAGUACAUCUGGCGAAAUGCAUGUUGGCACUUUUUUAGAAGUUAUUGGCUAUUGUUUUUACUGCACUAACAUUUUUUUUUUAUUUUUUUUAUGUUGCCUCCUCUGACUUCCUACCUAUUAUUUUACCAAAAAGGGUAAUGCCACCCAUUUUAGCAUUCCACCACUGUAUAAGUGUUUCAUUUACUUUUGCACUUAUCACUUUGUAUAUAAUUAUGAAAUUAAUUAUAAAUUUAAUCUCCCCACUAAAUUCUUCCCUCUUUAUCUGCGUUGUAAUGCAGUAUCUCUCUUCUCCCACGCAUUUUGUGUCUUUCUAUCUUCUCUUUGUUAAAAAUAAUUUACUCUACCCCAAAAUAUAUUUCCCAUAUUUCAGGGGCAUUUGUAAUUACACUACUGACUGUUCUUUCUUGAUCUGAUGUAAAAAAUAUCAAUGGCAUCCCCAUUAUUUUUCCUUCCUCUGUGAUGAAAGUUGAUAAGAUUUGUGAGCUUCAGACAUGGAAAGAAAAGGUUCCAGGGGGUUAGGCAAGUUUCGUUAUGCUCUACUUGCAAUAAAAGUUCCUGCAGAUGCAUAACAGACAAAAACAUAUACCUGAUCUCCAAAAAUGUUGCAAUUUGAGAAUACUAAGUCAUUGUACACACAGUGUCUGUACAUUUUCUUUAAGGGACACUAUAGGCACCAGGGCCGGAUUAACAUAGGGGAUGAUGGAGCUGCAGCUUCAGGCCCAUGCACAUGGAACCUCCGAGGCCUAUUGUUAAAAAAAUAAAAAUUAAAAAUGUUCUUAUGACUGCAGCCUUUGUAAGUCCUCCCCUUUUUUCCCAGAAGAGACUUUCAGUCUCUUCACAGGGAUAUAACUCUGACUUGGUCUCCACGCGCACAAGCUUAGGAGCUUGUCUGAGGUCUGUGAGGGAGGGGGUGGCAGGCACGCUAAAGUAGAGCAUGCCUGUUACUUCCAUUAGCUCAGGAGAGAGAAUGGAAGUUGGAAAGAAUCCUUCCUUGCUGUUUGACAUCCAGGGGGAGUUCCCUUGGUAAUUUAUGAAAGUGCUGAUUUCUCAUAGAAAUCUAAACUUUCAUAAACUGGGGUUAAACUAGAGUACUCGUCACCAGGCUUGAAGUGCUUUUGGGGUGUGAAGUGGUCCUUUAAGUAUGGAAACUUUAAAGGGAUGUAGGGGAACAAAACUUGUGUGGACUGGCUGACAAUGAAAUUAGUUAAGGUAAAGCUGACUUGCUGUUUCAGUCUCUCUAACACUGUGGCAUGUUUCCUUUCUUCUACAUUCACUAUAUACACAUUUCCUCUGUCCCAGACUGUAUACCAGGAGCUUAUGCCUGCUAGUAAGAUGGUAAGGAGAGGAGUUGACCAGCAAGUGCUAGGGGACAGUCCUUAGAAAGCGUGGAGCGAGUGCACAUUACACAUAACAAAUUUAUGCCAAGCUCAGGGUGCUGUCUGCAUAUUAUGCCCUUGGUUGGUCAUCCUGCGUGAUUGGCAGGUGGCAUGAAGUGCAUUUGCACCAGAUACAUGAUGCUUGGGAUGUAUAGUUGUUUUAGAGUUUUCUGUCGAUAAGAUUCAGUAAUUAGGCCCAUCAUAAUUGUCAGCACCAGGCCCAAGGGCUCUUAUUCUUGCUCUGCAGACCACUUCAUCUGAUUGAAGUGGUCAAGGUGCAGUGUCCCUGCCCCUGCUCCUUUAACACCAGGGUGUGAAACAUUGUAGUUUUAGAGAAAAUGCAAUGUUUAUAAUGCAGGGUUAAGACAGCCAUUAGAGGCGCUUCCUGUUGUUUUACAGAGUUUGACUCUGUGAAUUCAUGCUGGCUUGCCCUAAAAGAAAUGCAUUAAUUUAAUGCUUUCAUUCGGAGAAGGCUUUAUGUGCGCACGGCACUUGCUGCUCAUGCGCAUUAGUCUCCCCCUCGAUGCUGACAUCAGAGAAGAUGGAGAAAGAGGCAGCAAAUGGAAUAAGGCGAGGUUAGACAGAGGUUUUAACACUUUAGCACAAGAAGGGGGCAGAGGAACACCUGCCUGCUCGGAAUACAAAGCUGUUGUAUAAUAACAGAAGUGUUCCUUUUAGUGAUAUGAAAUUGUAAGUGGUGUUGGACCUUCUUUAAUGCCAUUCUGUUUAUCUAUUCUUACAUUGUGUUUGUAUCCAUCAUUGACCUUCUAAGUACCAUAAACACAAAUCUGGGAAUCUGAAAUGUCCAAUUAGUCUUGCAGUUGACCUUUUCAAACCCAACACUGCACACAGAGCACCAGUGUCCCAUUGAUUUUUCUGUUAAAAUGUGUUCCAAGAAUCCGUAUUGACAUAUAUCCCCGUAUCAUGUAUGCGUAUGGUUAAGGAAUGUUUAGAUAUGAAUUAGAGCUGUACAUUUUUUUUCCAAUAAACUCUCCAACCACAGCAUGACCUUGCUGUUCUAUUUUAAUUCCAUCCAUUACAUAAAAACACAAUACUCUGUCACAAGAAGGCUAAGUGUAGCUGUAGAAAAAUAUAGUUUUUUUUUUGUACUGUAAUAUGAAGUAUUUUAAUAUAUUAUAAAUACAGGAUGAAGAUGACAAUUGUAAUAAUAUUAUGAUAAUCUAGUUUAGGGAUAGACCCUAAUAUACAGCUAUCAUAUUCCGCAACGCUUUACAGUUAUACUGCUGGGGGAGCAGGGGGGAUAAUAACAAAGAAAGGGGGAGGGACAAGCACGAACAGGUGUCUAUCUCCAAAAAAAAUAAUAAUAAUCACAUGUCACAUGUUAGAAUUUCUGUAGCGCCAACAAAUUCCACAAAACUUUACAAUUAUAGAAAAGGUGAUAUAUUUUUGCUUGAGCCAGCUUAGAUUCACAGCUUUUUCUAGCUGGUCAUGAGAUGUUGAGGGGUUCCUGCAUUUUGUUUUUUAUUCAUGAAUUAAGGAGAGCUACCUGUUUGCGAACCAGGUUUAUGAAAUCUGCGAUGUUUAAUUUAUUCUCUGCUAUUUUCCUUGUAAUCGACAGCGUCUUCAAAGUGAAAGAAAUCCCAAGAAUAUCAACAAGACCAUUCAAGACUUAUUUGAAAUUAUUCCGAGUGAUGUUGACUUGAUGGACCAUAGUCCGUAUCGCUGCCGGAGCUGUGCCGUGGUGGGGAAUUCUGGUAACCUUAAGAACUCUGAGUAUGGAGCAGAAAUUGAUGACCACGACUUUAUAUUGAGGUGGGUAAAGAUGCAUGAUCAUUUCUAGAAUGUUUAACCCCCUAAUCAAACCCAGGAUUUAUAAUAAUGUAAUAAUAAUAUAUAUAUAUAAUACAUUUACAGUAGAUUGUAAUCACUCUUAAAAAGCAACAUCAGCCAUAAUAAAAAAAACUAGUGUAUUGAGUGGAAUCCCAACAGUCGAUGGAAUUGCAUACAAAAGGAAGGAGCAGUCAUUAAAAAAAAAAAAAAGGUUAAAUGUGCUGAUGCUAUACCAUUCAAAGUCAUGAAAAUCAUUUGAUAAAAAAUACCAAGAACCAGUCGAAAUAUUAAAGGAAAGGGAUUAACACACUGUAACAUAAGCUAAAGCCAGAGCCAGACUUAAUAUCGUUUGCACAUUCCAACAGUAGGUGGCGCUGCAGAAAAUAUACAUUGUUAUUGAAUGAACAGUUUAUUCACAUUCUCUCUGUGACCGCAAAAAAAAAAAAAAGGUUUUACGCUAUUUGUGUAAAUAAUAACUGAAGAAUGUAUAGUUAUUAAAAACCCUUGUCGUCAAAUUAAGGAAAGCAAGUAAUGUUUUACUGCGUUUUAAAAAUGUUAUUUUGUAAUAUGGUGCUCGUCACAGAACAGUCCUCCCAUAUCCUCAAAACAUUUACCAUCAGUUCAUCCCAUUUUGUAUUUUUCAUUUUCAUCACUCACUUUUUGCUGUAUUCUCCAUUUCGCUUCCCCAUGAUCCAUUUCCCAACUUGUUUCUUGCUGUCCUGUCCUCCGCUAUCACCUCACUUCAUUUGCAUUAGACUUACCCUGAACCUAUUUAUUCCUCUCUUUUUAGUCUAAUUUCUUUCCCCGGCCUUCAUUCUCUCUUAAAGGGUUACUGUAACCCUUUUUUCAAAAAUCUCUUCUUAAAGUGAAUAUGUCCUGUUAGGCAAUAUUAAUUAGCCCCCCACCCCCUCCUAAAUGUAGCACUGAAACUUGCAACAAAAAGUUGUUACUUGCCUUGGAAUCCAGCACCGGAUGAAGCUUCUAUUCCACGCCUCUUCCCGACACCACCAAAGUCCAGAGGCUUCUCAUAAAGAAGAUUUUGAACUGUUUUGCAGGCUUAGAGUGCAUGCGCAGUCAGAGAGGGGAGGGAGUUGGGAGGGGAUUUAAAGGGAGAAGUUGUACAUCUGUCACAAGCUUACUGUGCACUGACUACGACAUUUUUGCAAAUAAUUGAUAUUAGGCAGUAAGGAACUUAGUCACAUGUUCCAAGGGCGUAACUAUCCCCAUGCACAAAAGUGAUUUUACAUCUGAAAGUGCAGUCUUGAGCUGAAACGCUGCACAUCCAGACUCUUACCACCAGGACCACUUCAAAUCACUAAAGUGGUCAUGAUGGUUGGAGGGACCCUUUAAACCCACAUAUUAAUGCUAUUCUCCCAGUUAUAAUACAUUAAAUUUUUACAUCUCCCUGCUACAAUGUCUCCCUCCUACCACUCUUUCCCCAUGAACGCUUAACUCUUGUAAUUGUCUUGUUUUUCUGUCCGGAUAUUUCCUUGCGUCUGCCAGACAGAGGACAGACGUUUGUGUCCAGCCAAACCCGGACCUACGGUUUCCUUAGCAUUAUCAGAACAACUUCAUAAGCACAAAGUCCUUACAGGUAUUCCGUUAUAAAUGACAGAUUGUACAAAAUCUAGCCAACGCACAACUUGGUUAAAGGUUAGAUUGCUCCCUACAUAAUACACACAUGGUCCAAGUCAAACAGGAAAAUAUAUGCCUUAGAAUGCAAGCUCAUUUGAGCGAGGCUCUCGGCACAUUUUGUUCCUGUACUUCCGUCAUGUCUUCUGAAAACUACUUGUUUGUUAGUCCACUUAUUAAAUAGCACUACAGAGUUUGUUGCCACUUUAUAAAUCAUAAUAAUAUGCCUCAGGUAACCUCAAAUUAAGCAUGGCGUAUUGAAAUAUUUAGGUUAUUUCCAAAAAUGAAUACACUGCUAAAACUAUUUUUAUGCAUGACUACACAAAGAGUAAUAGGAUUAAAUUAUAUAGUAAUGAAAAGCAGCUCCUGUUUGUCUUCCAUACAAACAAACCCCUCUCUUACAUAACACAUAAAACAUAACACAGGGUAAUACCCUAAAAUAUCACCGGUUUAUUGAAUAGACAGUUUAUUGUUUACAUUAUAGAUUAAUAGUUUUCAUUCUCAACAUCUUUCUUCACCCGUCUCACCGGUGCUGUUAGGACUCUUCAAACCAUAGCUUCAGUUCCCCUGGCAACAAGUCUGUCCUAUGUUAAAAAAAAAAUAAUGUACACACAUUUAAUUCUAGUAUAAAACCCAACAGAUUAAAUGAUUUGCUAAAUGUAUAAAUACAGAUUGUUUAGAAUAAUAUGAAUUUUUAAAUAAAAAAAGGGUGUUCUUAAAUAUAUCUCCCAGAAAAUUAUGUAAUUUAAUUUCAACAUUAAAGGGAACUGUCAUUUUAAUUUUCCAGUAUUUUUCUUAUUAAAAGUAUCUAUCUGCUAUAUGUCACAUAUAUCUGUGAGAUGUGAAAAAUAACAUUAAAUGUAGAAACCCACACUACUUUAUUCUGCAACUGGACUCCUCCAUCUUAACUCCCUGUCAGUCAUUGUUAGACGCUCUGUGCUUUGCCCCUAGUAUAGAAAACAUACAAGCUGUACUUAGACUGAACUGAAUUAUUAGUGGCAUUUGCUAAAUCUUUGAUAGUAAUUAAUUAGAAGGUUACUCCAACCACCAUGACCACUUCUGCUUUUACAAUUGGUUAUGGUGGUAGGAGUCUGUAUGUGCAGAGGUUUUGCCUGAAAUGCUUCACAUACUGAGAUAUUUGCACCUCCGGCACACGUGACGGUGGAAGCAUGGAACUGCCAAAUGUCGAUUCUAUGCAAAAAAUAUAGGAGGUCUAAAGAAUAAUGCCCAAUAUGGCAUUAUUUUUUUGUUUUGUUUUUAACAAGCCAGCAAAUAAGGGUUGUUGCAAUCCUUUAAAGGAAUAUAGAUUGUAAGAUUAUUCAAGCAGGCUCCUCAAUAACCUCUUGUUUCCAGUUAAUAUUUGUGAUAGUUUGUAUCUUAUUUGCUAGACUUGUGCAAACAUUUGUAUCGAAUAGUUUGUCCGUCUUAAUCAAAUGCCUUUUAAUCCAAUCCCGGACGAAUCGAUCAUUAUUGAAUAAGACUUUACAGGUAAAUCCCAAACAAUUGAAUUGUUCAAACAUUCUAUUCACGGGGGCAACCCUAAUGGUACAAUAUCUUACAGAGCUGAGGAAAAGGGAGCACCAGUUGGGUCACUUAUUUUAGCAGAUUUUGGACUUCCUGCACCAUUUAUUAAGAAAUUGGCAGUCCCACCAAAUGUAGUAGUACUUCACUCAUUACAGUACCACUAGUAAGAAAAAUGAGGAAGAUGAUAAAUACCAAGGAUUCGAAUGUUACCACUUAGUUCCCAGUGUGUGAGACAUCUUGAAGUUGUUUUCAUAGCAAAUGCGGCUUUUUACCAUUUAUUGCAGUACAUUCUUUCUCUCACUCCUUCUCCCAUUUUUGGUAAUUUUGCCGAAGCUGUUAAGAGUUAUAACAAAUCGAUAUUGAUCCUUUAAUGGGGAGUUGGCCGUUGAAAACGUAGAGGGAUUUUGAAAAAAAAUUAUUUUACAUGGGCUGUUUAAGUUUGCAGAGAUAAUCAGAAAUCAGAAAUUGAUAAUCCCAGUUAAUGUCCAGCUUUUAAUGGAUGAGUCUUGCAGCAGUAUAAGUAAAAUUGUUAGAGGAGUAUAUUAUGGACACUUGUUUUGCCAGUCCAGGUGCAUUUAUUGAACAUUGUGAAAGAGGAACAGAGUCACAUGUUAAAGAGUGUAUUUAGCUUAGUUAAGCAGUUUUGGUGUAUAGAUCAUGCCUCUGCCGUUUUACUGCUCAAUCCUCUGCCAUUUAGGAAUUAAAUCACAUUGCUUAUGCAGCUCUAGUUACACCUUCCUGCAUGUGACUUACACAGCCUUCCUAAACAUUUCCUGUAAAGAGAGAUGUAAUGUUUAAAACUUCCCCUGUAGCACAUUUGUUAAAUUUAGAAUUUCUUACCUCCUUAUUUCUUAUCUCCUGCUCUUUUUUACCUAUGUGUGAUCAAAGUUAAAUUUACAGAUCAGUACUCCCAGGCACAGCCCAGCCCGGUACCACUACCUAACAGUGCUGUGGCGCGAUGGGGGACCUCCUCAUACUCACCAAACUGCCUUAACAGAGGAUACCAAUCACCAUAAAACCCACGAUCCCCACCAGGGACAACAAGCCCACGACAUGCUCAUCACAAGACAGGGGACUUAUGCAACCAUACCCUCUUACUACGCCUCGGCUGGACACUGGAAGAGCACUGACUGGGAGGACUCCCACCGCCUACUGCUCCGGGCACUAACCCGACGGCUGAUGGGGAUCGGUUAGACCACACAGGCUGGACAUUACGUUAUUUAGUACAGAUGCAGCACACUAAGCUUAACACAAUAUGUGCACUCAAUUUUUUUUUAUUUUUUUUUGCCUAUACCUGAGCUGGCCAUCUUGCAAGCAAGCGACAUAUUAUAUAUAAUUAUUAGCCCUAGUGGAAUCUUAACAAUCUAGAAAUCGCUAAACAAAUGUCACUAUACCUUUCACUCAUGCAUAAUAUGCCAUAGAAAUGCCUAAAUCUAUAGUGCUAAAUGUAUGAUCCUUCGCUAUGUCUAUACUCGUAUCUUACCUUUUCUGUUGAGCAGCAUAGAAGAACUCCUAGAUAAGCAACAUUACUAUAUAAAAAUGUGCAGUACUCUUUCAUGCCUAACUAAUGUACCUAUAUGUUAGCAAACUGCUUACCCUAGCUGUUGUGGCACUGUAAGCCUGAUGUGAUAUAUCCGUGCACAAAUAAAAUAAAGAAUUAAAAAAAAAAAAAAAUUACAGAUCAGUAGAUAAAAAAAUCUCUAAAGCAAGUUAACAACUGAUUUAAAAUGAAACCUUUUUUCAUGCAGGCUGUGGCAGGGCAGUCACAACCAUGGAGGGGUGGCUAGGACUGCAAACAAAAGUGAUUUAACUCUGAAUGGCAGAGAAUUAAGCAGUGAGACUGCAGGAGGAUGAUCUAUGCACCAAAACUGCUUCAUUAGGCUAAAGUUGUUGUCCUGGCUAUAGUGUCCCUUUAAUGUGCAUCAGGCCUUGUGUAGAAUGGGUUGUCUAGUGGUGGGUGUCUGUGUGUAAACUGGUAUGUUAUUUGUGCUAAAAAUAUAUAUAAUCAUUUUCAUGAUUUGGGGUACUAACAGCUAGGCUUUUUUAGACUAACUUUACAUUUUCAAUUGAGUAGAAUCCAGUACUUAGUGAAUAAACCCCAUUAAAUGUAAAGCAUCAACAGCAUGCCAAUAAACUAAACAGAACACAUAGUGGAUUUCCCUGAGUUUGUCAAGCAGAUCAACAUACAGAAAGCAAGUGCCAACUCACAAAGAUCUCUCCUUUUAUUUACACCUCUGCAAACUAAUAUAAACGUGUUCAUUAGGAGAACCACUAAGACUAAACUGACAAAUUUAUUUAAAAAAAAAAAAGAAAGUAUUUUUAAACGCCAACACAUUCUGCAGCGCUGUAGACAAUAGGUGGACAUACAGAAACGUAUUUGUAACAAGACAAGUGUGAUGAACAGAGGCUGUUGAAUGCCCUUCUCAAACCAGCUUACAUUCUGUACACACACACAGCUCUGAAUAAGGUGUGCACUGCCACUUAGUGUGUAGAAUUUACAUGAAGCUGACACAAUGACAGGUUCACGUUAAAGACCCUGUGUCAGUGUUGUGUCCUGAAUAUUAAGAACAGAAGCACUAAAGUGACAAAACCCAUGAUGGAAGAUAUUACUUGGAGACUGUGUGCUUAAUCCUUUGAGUAUCAAACACCAUACUUUGCAAAUCCGGGAGAUGGACAACCCUCUGGCACUUAAAUGGUUAAUAGGUCUUUUCUUUAGCUUCUGGUUUGCCGAGCUCAGGAGAUCCGGUGACACUCGGCAGAGCUGUGCAUUUUGUCUGUUGUUUGGUGAACAUUGCACUGCUAUUCAUGUGGUUUUGUUGUUGUUUCUUAGAACGUUGAUUCUAUCAGCAUUUCUUUGUUCAGACUAUAAUUUAAGACGUUGAAAACAAAAUUGAGGAAAGAGUGCUGUGUGCAAUUACAGGCUCGAUUUAGCUAUGUCUCCCAUUGGCAGCUUUUUGUGUCUUGAUUAGUGUCCACAUCUUUAGGGUAUUUGUCUGAAAGAGGGGGCAAAUCUACCCCAAUACAUUUUAGGUACCUUCAUAGCUUGCUGGUACCCAUUUAUUGAAAAUGUAAUUAGAAUAAGUCUAUAUCAGGGGUGGCCAAAAGGUAGAUCCCCCAGAUGUUUUAAAAAUUACAGCGUUGUCAUUCUGAAAGCAUUCUAAAGACAUGCAAAGCAUCAUGGGAGAUGCAAUUCUACAACAUCGGGAUUUACCUUUUGGGCACCCCUGGUCUAAAUAAUCCUAUUUACACAGCCACAUUUCUAAACACUUUUAUUAAAUACGUAUACGUUUAAAGACGUGGUAGUGUGACUUAUAUUACUGUGAAGCUCUGUUAUACAUUCAGAGUCACAUUGUGGCAUUCCUGCAAACAGGAAGAAUAGGAUAGAAAAAAAAAAUAAGCAGUGGGAUUUGGACACAAAAUAGGGACAAUUGGGAGGUAUGCUCUGUUAUUACACUCGGACACACCAACAACAUUGAGCUCCUACAAAACAUGGAUAGAAACGAUAGACCGAGAGGGACUGUCCCUCCUAAAUAGGGACACUUGGGAGUUAUGGUAUAAUAGUGAUUGAAACAACGUACAUAUGUAACAAUGCAUCUUGUGCUUUUCAGGAUGAAUCAUGCCCCUACAACCAAGUAUGAAGCAGAUGUUGGAAGAAAAACCACUCACCAUUUUGUUUACCCAGAGAGUGUGCGAGACCUACAGGAGAAUGUCACGAUGGUCCUUAUACCUUUCAAGACCCUCGACCUCCAGUGGAUUGUCAGCGCCCUCACUAACGGAACCAUCAAUUUGUAAGUGAGACAAGGCUCCUUAAUGACUGCAGAAAUACAUUGUGAGCAUAUUGUCACCAGCCAUUCAUCGUAUCUGCAUUCACAUCACCUGCUUCCCCUACAGAAAACCAUUCAUCUUGUCGGCACGUGAAAUAAGCAAUCCAGCAUCUGUUAUGUUUUAAUUAGAAUUCACUCAUUUACUGAUCCUGGUUAAUGAAGAUGGGAUGUUUAUUAAAUACUUUUACAUUGAAGCAGGAAUAAUUAGUAUCACUGUAGUACUGGUAGUGGGAUCGAGGGAGAUAAAUUAUGUGGGUUUAGAAAGCUAUUAAGGGAAUAUUUUAUGCAUGUUUUAUUUAUUUUAACAAAAAAAAUUAGAAAACAUCUAAAUAUUAAAUAUGUAGCUAUAAGGAAACACACCUAGAGGAAUAUACUAGAGGUGAGUUUAAACCUGCAAUCAAACGUUGCUGUUUCUACAAAAUUGCUGUGUUUUACAUUGCAGGGUUUAACUACAGGGUCAUUGCAAGGCCACUGCACCUAGACCACUUCAUCGAGAGGGUGUUUAGUGGUCCUUUAAUGUACAAUACAUGGGACAAAUUAGAAAGCAGUUAAAACUGCAAUUUGUUUCUCAUUUAGGUGAGGACCAGCACGGGAGCAGAGGGAAUGUUGAGUGCUGCUAUAUGGGUUUUUAUUUUUUAUUUGCUGCAAUGAGAUACUUUGGUGAUAGUAACAGGCUUAAAUAAGCAGGGCGUUAAUUAAGAUAUAUAUACUGUAUAUACUCGAGUAUAAGUCGAGUUUUUCAGCACAUUUUAACUCGACUUAUACUUGAGUCAAUGUCUGUAUUAUGGCAACUUACAUUGCCAUAAUACAGACAAGGACUGCCGGGCUCAUUACAAGCCCGGUGGUCCUGUUGGGGGCUGGCAGCGAGCUGUUACUUACCUUUCCUGCAGCUCCUGUCAGCUCCCUUCUCCUCCACUGUAAAUCUCGCGUGAGCCGCGGGGUCAGAGCAUUGCCACGGGUUACUGCCAGCCCCCCUCCUACACAGCCCACCAGGGAAUGAGAGCCCCCCUCCCUGGCCAGUUAACAAGCAGGGAGGGGGGACGAAAAAAAUAUAAAUAAAAAAUUUAAUAAUAUUAAAAUAAAAAAAUAUUAAUAUAAAUAAAAUAAUAAUAACCCCCACCAAGGCUCUACAUCACAUACACACACUGCAUUCAUACACACACAGACACUGCAUUCAUUCACACACACACACACACACACUGCAUUCCUACAAACACACUGCAUUCAUACACACACAGACACUGCAUUCAUUGACACACACACACACACACACACACACACUGCAUUAUAUACAUACACACACACACACACACAGCAUUCAUUAUAUACACACACUGUAAAUAAAUAUUCAAUUAAUAUAAUUUUUUGGGGAUCUAAUUUUAUUUAGAAAUUUACCAGUAGCUGCUGCAUUUCCCACCCUAGUUUUAUACUCGAGUUAAUAAGUUUUCACAGUUUUUUGGGAGUAAAAUUAGGGGUCUUGACUUAUAUUCGGGUCGACUUAUACUCGGGUAUAUACGGUACUUUUUUAGAACAAGCUGUAACUGGUGUUGUCAUUGAGAAGCAGCUUGUGUGCUUGUUAAUAGAUAACUAGGCACCAGAGAGGCUAUAGGAUGAGAUGCUUAAAUACCCUGGAUCUCAGAAGAUUUUUUUUUUGACAAUCACGUGUUUAUUAGGAUUUUAAGUAAUGAAUACAGAACAGAACAUAGUACAAGAAGGAAAUUCCCAGCACCCAAUCAUAUGAUGGUGAAGUCUUGUGGUUGCCUCGAUGCCCGAGUGCUGCAUCCCCUGUCCCCUUCUGCUAGGGCUCCCCCUCCUGUUCCCCAUCUCGUCACCUUCCACCCCACCCCCCCCCUCACCCUCUCAACCGGUUUCUGUACCACGAUACGUAAUACCAGGGCCAGUAUACAAGUAUUAGUUUGUUGCCCGUCACAUCCCCUGCUCAUUUCACUAUGGCUAGGGCUCCUAAGGUUCUUCGCCUCAAGCAUCCCUGUUCCAUGCGUCAGGGCCUGUGCCGCAAGUCCUUCCUGAUAGCAGUUUAGUGUGGGCGUUGCGUCUGGUGCCCCCACGACCACUGCCGGUGAGUUUUGUGGAGUAAUCUCCUGUCACCUCUUGGCGGGCGCCCCCCCGAGGCUGUUCCCCUCUCCAGUCCCUCCAGUGUGCUUGUGAGUCCUAAUAUUGAAUUAGAUCCAUUACAUCUCAUUGUCCCCACUCUUCCCCCUUGGCUAUGUUGUUCCACUCUUCCACCUUAUCAUCCCCCCCUUGUCCCUUGUCCCUAGAGCUCUAGAACCACCUUACCCACCUUCCCGCAGCGUAUGGCUUAGGUCUCCCCUGCCCUUCCUCCCCUCCUCCCCUCCCCUCCCCAUCCGUGCCUCUACACUCCGUCCUAUGUCAGGGGUGUUAACUAGUCGUCUGUCCCUGGUUAACGUUGCUCUUGUGCUAGGCUUGCGCCCAGUGUGUCCCCAUCCCAAUCCCCCCGCUCCCCCCACUCGCAGCAAGUCCCCCCCCCGGCCACCCCCCUGCCGGUACUAUUGUCACUCGGAACCUGCGGAGGUCGUCGCCGGUCACCCCAGGGCAUCUCCCCCCCCGUGGGUCGGCAAGGUCGGCGGCACCGCGGCAUCUCCUUCUCCCUCCCCCCCCGGAGCGCCCCCCCCGCCUUGCUCUCUUGGUCAUGUAGUCCACCCACGGGAACCAGGUCGUUGCACAUUUGUCCGUGCGUCCCUGCAGGGAGGCAGUCAUCAUCUCAAGGUUAUAUAUGUCUUCCACCUUAUCCACCCAUUGCUGGAAGGUGGGGACUGUGCUACUUUUCCAGUGAAUUGGGAUUAGGAUUUUCGCUGCCGUUAGCAGGUGUACGGUCAGACCCUUUUUAUAACUCCGCAGCGGUGUUUGCGUGUGAUUAAGCAACAUUUGCAACGGCUGCAGGGGGAGGUCUGCGUCCGCUAUUUCCCUAAUUGCUUCAUGUAUCUGCUUCCAAUACGGCGUUAUUAGCGAACACGACCACCAGAUGUGAAGUCUUGUACCCUGUUCCACGCCGCACCUCCAGCACUCCCCGGGGAUUGACUCGUGGACAUGACGUAAUACAUCUGGGGUUCUGUGCCAACCCGUUAAGAUUUUGUAGUUACAUUCCUGGUAUUUGGAGCAGAUGCUCCCUUUGUGCGUCAGCAUAAAGAUUUUGUCCCACUCGCUGUCCGUGAGACUCGUUCCCGUCUCUUGUUCCCAGCGCUUGGUGAAUCCCAGGGGGGUCCCGCCGCUCUGCAGCUGGAGCAUGGCAUACAACGUGGACCAUGCACGAGGUGUUGCCUGUCCACGCAUGCCUGCUCCAGCGGUAGCAGUGUUCUAUGGAUGUUGCCUUUUCCCGCUAGGGAGAGGUAAUACCUGUGCACUUGGUGGUAGCGGAAUUCAUCCAAUCCGGUCGGGGUGUGUUCUGGGAUUAGAUCCUGUAGUGGUUUGAGGGUUACCUCAGUACACCAUUGCCGCAGAUAGGUCCAUUCCGUCGCCGUGUAGCUCUCGAGGUCCGCCCGCUUAAGUCCUCCCGCAAGCCGCGGGUUGUUUGUUAUAGGAAUCAGCGGGUUUGGCAUCGUGGUCAAUUGCUUUACGUAUCUGGUCCUACACCACACACGCAUUGUGGAGUCUAUCAUUGGAUUACCCGUGUGAAUGUCACCCAGAGCCGUGCCGUCCAGCCACAGCAGGGAGGGAAUUCGUCCUUGCGCUUGUUGACGCUCCAUGUCCACCCACUGCUUGGCGGUCGGGAACACGUGCCAAUCCACCAGGCGGCAUAGAUGGGUCGCCUGGUAGUAGGUGAUUACCGAUGGGAGACCCGUGCCCCCCGCAUGCUUCGGUCGUUCCAGAACUGACCUGCCAAUACGAGCCACUCCCCGAGUCCCAAAAAAAUUCCGUAUGGCGGUCGUUAGGGACUGAAAGAACGAUCGCGGGAUAGACAUCGGCAGCGUCUGGAACAGGUAAAGGAUUCUUGGCAUUGCGUUCAUCUUAAUGGCAUUGAUCCGCCCGAACCAGGAGAUGUAUUGUGAAGUCCAUUUUUUCAUGUCCCUCUGUAGGGUCGUGAGAAGAGGUGUAAAGUUGAAUGUGUAUACGUCUUUUAAGUCGUUUGGCAGCCAUAUUCCCAAAUAUUUGAGCUUCGACUGGCAUACCCGGAAUGGAAAGUGCUCGCGAAGGUGCCUCAGCAUGGCGUCUCCUGAAGUCAGUGGCAUGGCCUCCGAUUUGUCUAGGUUGAGCGAGAGGUUCGAGACCACAGCAUACUCUCUGAACGCUUUCAACAGGUUAGGUAUUGAGAUCCGAGGCUGUUCCAGGAAAAAUAGCAUGUCGUCCGCGUAGGCCGCCACUCUAUGUUCUCCCCGGCCCACGCGGAGCCCCGAGAUACCCCCGUCCUGUCUGACCGCCUCCAGAAAUGGUUCUAGAGUGAGGGCAAACAGAAGGGGGGACAGCGGGCAUCCUUGCCUCGUACCGUUGCAGAUCGUGACUGGAUCAGAGAGUGCACCAUUGACCCUGAUUCGCGCCGACGGUCUCGCGUAUAAGGCCUCCACCCAAGUGCGGAGGUGCUGCCCAAAUCCCAUAUGCCUUAGUGUCUCCAAGAGGAACGUCCAGUCCACGCGAUCAAACGCCUUCUCAGCGUCUGUAGAUAAGAGCACCAGCUCCCGCCUGUUUGUCCUCGCCACGUGUAUGACGUUUAGGGCUCGAAUCGUAUUGUCCCGGGCUUCCCUACCCGGAAUAAAUCCGACCUGGUCGGAGUGUAUGAGGUCAGGCGCCACCCGAGCCACUCGCAAUGCCAGAGCCUUGGCGAAGACCUUCAGGUCCGCGUUUAAUAGCGAGAUGGGCCUGUAGCUCGCGCAGUUCGUGGGGUCCUUGCCCUCUUUUGGGAUGAGCGCUACCGUCGCCCUUAACGUGUCCGCCUGGAACCGGCCUCCCGUGCGCAGUGAAUUGCACCCCUCUAGGAGUCUCGGCAAUAGGACCUCCCUGAACUCGCGGAGGUAUCUCACCGGCAGGCCAUCCGGGCCCGGGGCCCUGUUGGGCCGGGCUGCUUUCAGUGCUCCCGCAAGCUCCUCCAGUGUCAUAGGUUGAUCGAGCUCAGCUUCCUGCUCCGGGGUUAUCUUGCGGGCCACGUGUCUGCCCAGGUAAGCGGCGACCUGCACCCCAUGCCGCCUUCUCUGGGAUUCGGACCGGGUGCCAGCUAAAUCGUACAAUGCCUCGUAAUAUUUUUGAAAUGCUCGCAGGAUGCCAUCCGGGAGGUGAGUGACUGUUUGCCCCUGCGUGCGAAUCUUAUGUAUAUGCUGCGCCCUCCUCUUAUCCUGGAGCAUUUUUGCGAGUAGCCUGCCACAUUUGUUGGAAUGCUCGUAAAAGAACCUUGCCGCCUUACGCGCAGUAUGUAGCAUGCCCUGGGUUAGUAUGGUGCGGAGCUCUCGCCGUGUCUCCGUCAAGAGGCAAUAGGUCUCGUCAUCUAACGUGCGUUUAUGUGCCUGUUCCAGCUCCGCCACCCUUCCCGCCAGCCGAACCAGUCGAGCUGUGCGUUCCUUUUUGCGCUUCGUGCUGAUCGCUAUGAGGCGUCCCCGGAUGACACACUUGUGCGCCUCCCAGAGCGUCAGUGGGGCUAUCUCUGGCGAGCUAUUACUGGUAAAGUAGUCCGUCAGUGCUUGUGACACCUCUGCCACCACGAGGGGAUCGUCCAACAGGGUCUCAUUGAACCGCCAUUGCCUUUCCGUGGGUUUGAAAAGGGGGGCACUCGUAUGUACUAUCAUGGGCGCGUGGUCUGACUGUUCCAUGCUCCCUAUCUCCGACCCCUGCAGCACCGCCAAAUACUCUUGCGCCAGGAAUACGUAAUCUAUGCGGCUAUAGUGGGUGUGGACCGUCGAGUAGUAAGUGUAAUCCCUAUCCUCGGGAUGGUUCGCCCUCCAGCAGUCCACUAGGCCCAGUUUGUGCAGGGAACGCAGAGUCGCCCUCAGGCAGUGUGUGGGGAUAGUGCUAACACCCCUGGACGUAUCCCUACGAGGGUCCAACGGGAGGUUGAAGUCACCCGCCACCACCAGCAGUCCCUCUCGAAACCUCCCCAACUUGGCCAGCGUCUGCCCGAUGAACGUAUGUUGCCGUCUGUUGGGGCAAUAUAGGCACGCAAAGGUGUAUGUGGUGUCCGCUAUAUUGCCUUUGAUAAACAGGUACCGUCCCUGGGGAUCCGCCUGUAGGCCCGUGCAGCGAAACUGUAUCGUACUCGCGAACAAUAUCGCCACUCCAGCCUUUUUGGCCUCCGGGUGGUUGGCAUAAAACCCGAUGGAAUAUCGUUUAUCUCCCAGCUUCGGGGCGUCCCCUUGACGAAAAUGCGUCUCCUGCAGGAACACCACGGACGCUCUCGCGGCCCACAGCCGCCGCAUAAGCAAGGAGCGCUUCUCCGGGAUGUUGAGGCCUCUAACGUUGAGGGACCAGAAUGUUAGUCCAGCUGGUGUGAAUCCCGUGCCGCCCCGCCGCGCCCCGGAGGGGGGAUCCGCACUUGCCAUAACCCCGGUGCGACCCACAGGGGGGUGACCGCGAGGGAAGCAGCAACGCAGGGCGAGAAGAAAGGAAAAAAAAAAAGGGAGAAGGGGAGUCGGGAAAGUACUUAUUAAGGAUGUGACUGUAACCCUGUACCGGUUUUCGUCGGUCAGUUGUGGAACGUCCCCUCCGUCCCCAAAUGCCCCGGUAUUAUGUACAGUAUGGGUCUGUCACAGUGAGGUUCUACCGUGUCUCCGUCUAUAUGGAGCGGUCUCAGUCGUCUAUGUCGUGCCUACCCUCUCCUCCCGUGGCUCCCAACCUGUCAGAAUAGCUAUAUUCCCGUGUUUGCCCUGGGGGAAGCCCACCAUCACGUCGGCAACCGCCUCGUUCUCUAGAGGCCCUCGGGCCCCUCUGGCCCGCAACGGCCAGCCCUGUUGCACUGUCUUCCACCUCCAGGCUGCCUACUCCUCCCAUCUCGACCCUCCGGUGCUUCCGCAGCCAACCGUGCUCUCCUCCUGAUCCCCGAUCCCAUCUGCCCCCUCAGUGCCUCUACCCUACCCUGGGCGAGCCAGAAAUGCAGGUGUCUUACCCCCUGCCAUCCUUCCACCACCCCAGGCCAUGUCUCACCUGCCCCCCCCCUGUUGCCGCCCCGUCUGGGCUUUUUCCAUGAAAGUACCCCCCUCACCGCAGGAAUGCCUGCGCCCCUCAUCAGGCGCUUCAGCUAUCCCAUCUCUCCCCGCUCUCCUACCGUGGGCCAGGUUAAGGCUUGACCCCGACCAGCUAGCUUCCGCUCCUCCCCUCUCUCGACCACUCUCAACCUUCCUCUAUCUCCGUGCUUCCUCCAUCCGCCGGUUCUAACGGUGUACCCGUUGGGGGUGAAAAAAAAAAAAACAGCAUACCUACGGCACUAGAACUAUGUACACUCCAAGCUACCACCCACAGCUCCCCUCCCGUUGCCCCUAGUGCGCCAUGUGGAUGUUGAGACAACCCCCCAUACUCCUGGGCAUACAGCAACUGCACAUACCCCCGAAGACCCCCCAGGUCAGGUCCAGCAGUCUCUCCCCGAUUCCCAACGGACGCCAAUGUGCAUCCCGUGGCCCGUUCCUCCCUCCCCACCUCUCUUUCUCCCCCGUCCAGCCCCCCCUCUAGUGAGCCACCAUCACUCCCGUGGGCCUAUCUCAAACCCCCCAUACCCCCCACCCAACCUGCUGGAGCCCCGGGGGUACCUGCCCUCCAUAUAUCGUCCACCCUGCCGUGUCUCUGCUCAGCUCCGUUGCGGCUGGGGCCCGGGGAGUCCGGGUCCCUGCCGGCCAGGGCAGCGGUCCGUCGUCUAUUCCUCCGGCCCCACUGGGCCACCUCUGCGUUGCUGCGAUCCAGACGUUGGGUGGAGAUUAUGGGCCACCUCCGCCGGUCCUGUCGCUCGCGCCGGUGGUCCCUCCAGAAUCCAGUUCGGGAUCCGCAUCUCCGGUAAACCAGCCGCCACUAGAAAACGCGGUACCUCAUUCAGCCAUCGGAUGCUGUGCCACGUGGCUCCGAUCCGCGCCUGUAGACUAAAGGGGAACCCCCACCGGUAGGGAAUCCUCCGCUCCUGCAGCAAGCGAGUAAGUGGUCUCAAAGCUCUCCGGGUGUCUAGAGUGAUCGGUGAGAGGUCCUGGUAUAGCGAGACCUCAGCGUCCAUGUAUAGGAUCCGUGGCUGCGCCCUGGCCGCUUGCAUAAUGGCCUCCUUAAGCUGGAACGAGGCCAGGGCGCAGACCACGUCCCUUGGUAGGCCAUCUCUCCUGGGUGCUCUCAAGGCCCUGUGGGCUCUCUCUAUGCCAAAAUCCUCUGGGGCAUUCUCCCCCAGCAGCUGCGCGAAGAGGCCUGUGAGUAUCUCUUGCGGCACCUCUCCCUCUGCUUCCGGCAGGCCCCGGAUUCUGAUAUUAUGUCGCCGUCCUCGGUUGUCUAAAUCCUCAACUUGCCGCCGGAGAUCUAACAGGAUAUUCCCCUGCCGGGUAGUAGCCAGGUCCGUGGCCUGCUGGCGCUGGUCGGCUUGCAGGCGGCCGGUCUCAAGCCCAUCUACACGCUGCUCCAGGGCAUUGAGGUCAGUCCGCAGCACCGCCACCUCCUCCCUGAUGAUGGCGCGCAGUUCAGACACCAUGUCCGCCUUGUCUGCGCGCGUUAACAUGCUGGCUGUAAUUCGGGCGACGUCUGCCGCCAGUUGAUGCAGGGUACCCGCCAUCGGGGAGCCUCUACCUGAGGUGGUGGCGCUUGAUCCAGGGGAUGUGGGGCCCGGGGUGUCAGAGUCCCCGCCAUCUCGGAGGCCUCGUGGCGUCGCCAAAAACCCGUCCAUCGGGCCAGGCGGGUAUCGGGUCCCCGUCGGGCCGGAGUGGUCCUGGGAUGCUGCUCUUCUAGUCUUCCCCAUUGUGGAACGAAAUACCGCUGAAUUCAGGCUGUGACACCAGGCUUGACAGGCUGGGGCCUAGGAGCUCUGAUGGAGUGCGACUUACUCCAUUGACGGUCAGGCCACGCCCCCGGAUCUCAGAAGAUUGCCCAGUUUAAAGAGCUGCUAGAAAUGCUUAUUUUGAUCAAAGAGCUUGUUAGUGCUUUUUGGUAGAAGUAUAAAAAUCGGCUACAGUCAGGUCCAUAAAUAUUGGGACAUCGACACAAUUCUAAUCUUUUUGGCCCUACACACCACCACAAUGGAUUGAUUUAACUGCAGACUUUCAGCUUUUACAUCCAAAUCAGGUGAACGGUGUAGGAAUUACAACAGUUUGUAUAUGUGCCUCCCACUUUUUAAGGGACCAAAAGUAAUGGGACAGAUUAACAGUCAUAAAUCAAACUUUCACUUUUUAAUACAAGGUUGCAAAUCCUUUGCAGUCAAUUACAGCCUGAAGUCUGGAACGCAUAGACAUCACCAGACGCUGGGUUUCAUCCCUGGUGAUGCUGUGCCAGGCCUCUACUGCAACUGUCUUCAGUUCCUGCUUGUUCUUGGGGCAUUUUCCCUUCAGUUUUGUCUUUAUCAAGUGAAAUGCAUGCUCAAUCGGAUUCAGGUCAGGUGAUUGACUUGGCCAUUGCAUGACAUUCCACUUCUUUCCCUUAAAAAACUCUUCGGUUGCUUUUGCAGUAUGCUUCGGGUCAUUGUCCAUCUGCACUGUGAAGCGCCGUCCAAUGAGUUCUGAAGCAUUUGGCUGAAUAUGAGCAGAUAAUAUUGCCCGAAACACUUCAGAAUUCAUCCUGCUGCUUUUGUCAGCAAUCAAAUCAUCAAUAAAUACAAGAGAACCAGUUCCACUGGCAGCCAUACAUGCCCACACCAUGACACUACCACCACCAUGCUUCACUGGUGAGGUGGUAUGCGUUGGAUCAUGAGCAGUUCAUUUCCUUCUCCAUACUCUUCUCUUCCCAUCAUUCUGGUACAAGUUGAUCUUGGUCUCAUCUGUCCAUAGAAUGUUGUUCCAGAACUGUGAAGGCUUUUUUAGAUGUUGUUUGGCAAACUCUAAUCUGGCCUUCCUGUUUUUGAGGCUCACCAAUGGUUUACAUCUUGUGGUGAACCCUCUGUAUUCACUCUGGUGAAGUCUUCUCUUGAUUGUUGACUUUGACACACAUACACCUACCUCCUGGAGAGUGUUCUUGAUCUGGCCAACUGUUGUGAAGGGUGUUUUCUUCACCAGGGAAAGAAUUCUUUGAUCAUCCAUCACAGUUGUUUUCCGUGGUCUUCCGGGUCUUUUGGUGUUGCUGAGCUCACAGGUGCAUUCUUUCUUUUUAAGGAUGUUCCUAACAGUUGAUUUGGCCACACCUAAUGUUUUUGCUAUCUCUCUGAUGGGUUUGUUUAGUUUUUUCAGCCUAAUGAUGGCUUGCUUCACUGAUAGUAACAGCUCUUUGGAUCUCAUAUCGAGAGUUGACAGCAACAGAUUCCAAAUGCAAAUAGCACACUUGAAAUGAACUCUGGACCUUGUAUCUGCUCCUUGUAAAUGGGAUAAUGAGGGAAUAACACACCUGGCCAUGGAACAGCUGAGCAGCCAAUUGUCCCAUUACUUUUGUCCCUUGAAAAGUGGGAGGCACAUAUACAAACUGUUGUAAUUCCUACACUGUUCACCUGAUUUGGAUGUAAAUACCCUAAAAUUAAAGCUGAAAGUCUGCAGUUAAAGCACAUCUUGUUCAUUUCAAAUCCAUUGUGGUGGUGUGUAGGGCCAAAAAGAUUAGAAUUGUGUCGAUGUCCCAAUAUUGAUGGACCUGACUGUAUGUCCCAUUUGGUAAAAUAUGUGUUAAGCUGUAUGCAGAACGCGUGGCCCAUGUCUAUACCAUGAUACCUUACUACUAAGGUCCCUCAAUGCUAUUUUCUCAUAUUUUACUGUCCAGUACUGUAAAUGUUAAAUUCUAUGCAAAUGAUCUCAGUCCAAUCAGAGCAUGACUUUAGCUGCAGUAGGGAUCCCUGGAGGUGAUAUUCUACCAAACAUUUGAGUCCCAGAGUGCGAUCCCUACUCACCUAUAACUCUAUUGCGGCAGUCUGGGAGAGCAUUCACACACAAACCAGAUGGAGUCUGUGUAACCUCUGUAACCAUUAAGGGUAGGACGCUCUUGCCAUAUAUAAUGUUCCCGAUAUGUUUAUUCAUUGUCAGAAUUCUGAAUUUGCAAGUAUUAUGCCUAAGGCAGUAAACCCCAGAGGACUCUGUGUCUACAGCUAGGGUAACACAUUGACAGCAAAUUGUCACAAUUAUUUUAAGCUUUUUACCACUGCAGGAUAAAUGAAAAAAAAUAAAAAAAAUACCUUGUUUGCAAAUAUGUUAAACACUGCAUUUCGAACUUUCACUUUAUAAUCUAGUUUGAUAUACCGUAUAUACUCGAGUAUAAGACGAGUUUUUCGGCAAAUUUUUUGUGCUGAAAAACCCCCACUCGUCUUAUACGCGAGUCAUUGUCUGUAUUAUGGCAACUUGCAUUACCAUAAUACAGACCAGGACCGCCGGGCCCAUUACAAGCCCGGCGGUCCUGUUUGGGGCUGGCAGCGAGCUGUUACCUUUCCUGCAGCCCCUGUCAGCUCCCUUCCCUCUCCUCGGGUCCAGUCAGCUCCCUUGUCAGCUCCACUGUAAGUCUUGCGAGAGCUGCAGGGUCAGAGCGUUGCCAUGGGUUACCGUGGCAACGCUCCACGCGGCAUUCAGACCGCGAGACCUACAGUGUAGCGGACAGGGGAGCUGACCGGACCCGAGGAGAGAGAAGGGAGCUGACAGGAGCUGCAGGAAAGGUAAGUAAGAGCUCUCUGCCAUCCCCCCUUCUACACAGCCCAUCCACUGGACCACCAGGGAAUGAGAACCCCCCUCCCUGGCCAGCUAACAAGCAGGGAGGGGGGACAAAAAUAAAUAAAUCAAAAAUUAAAUAAUAUUAAAAUAAAAAUAUUAAUAUAAAAACUAAUAAUAAUAAUAAUAAAAUUAAAAUAAUGUAACAAAAAUAAUUUAAAUAAUUAAAAUAAUAAUAAUAAUUAUAAAAAUGCCCACCCCCCCCACCAAGGCUCUGCAUCACAUACACAAACACACUCUGCAUCACACACACUCUGCAUCACACACACUCUGCAUCACACACACUCUGCAUCACACACACUCUGCAUCACACACACACUGCAUUCAUACACACACUACACUGCAUUCAUACACACUACACUGCACUCUUACACACACACACACUGCACUCUUACACACACACUGCACUCUUACACACACACUGCACUCAUACACACACACUGCAUUUACACACACACACUGCAUUCAUACACACACACACCCACACUGCAUUCAUACACACACACACCCACACUGCAUUCAUACACACACACACCCACACUGCAUUCAUACACAAACACACCCAAACUGCAUUCAUACAAACACACACUGCAUUUAUACACACACACCACAUUCAUGCAUGCACACACUGCACUCAUACACACACACACACUGCAUUCAUACACACACACACUGCAUUCAUACACACACACACUGCAUUCAUACACACACUGCAUUAUAUACACAUACUGCAUUCAUACACACACUGCACUCAUACACACACACACUGCAUUCAUACAAACACACACUGCAUUCAUACAAACACACACCGCAUUAUAUACACACACACUGCAUUCAUACACACACUGCACUCGUACACACACACACUGCACUCGUAUACACACACACACACUGCAUUCAUACACACACUGCAUUCAAACACACACACUGCAUUCAUACACACACACACACACACUGCACUUAUACACACACACACUGCAUUCAUUAUAUACACACACUGUAAAUAAAUAUUCAAUUAAUAUAAUUUUUGGGGGAUCUAAUUUUAUUUAGAAAUUUACCAAUUUACCUAGUCUUAUACUCGAGUCAAUAAAUUUUCCCAGUUUUUUGGGGUAAAAUUAGGGGUCUCGACUUAUAUUUGGGUCGACUUAUACUCGAGUAUAUACGGUACUCCCUAACAUUUAUAAAAGCAUCUAUAUUAUCUAUCUAUCUGUCUAGAUAUAAGCAGAGCAGGCUUUUCAUCUAAAUACCAUGUGUGUGCAGCACAGUUAUCUGAAAGUGCAGGUUGUUUAUGACUUAUUUUGUUCCCAUUUACCUUGCAUCGUAGCAUAUACGAGACAAUAUCUAUGGAUAUUUGUUUCAUUGUAGCAUGAAUCUGACAAUAAGUACAAAAAUAGCUGUAGAAUCUAAACAAUUUUUUCAGUAAAGGUUUCAGAGUUCAAUUAGUUUAUAUCUACAUUUAAGAGAGUAUCUGGCUGCAAUAUAAGCAUAAUGUAUUAUGGAGAUCAAAUUAUAAUCGCAUGAUUCCGCUUAUUUACCGCAAAUCUGCAGCCAUUACGAAUACCAGGAAGUAACUGUGGGUUUAUUCACUAACUCCAAGCAUCGGAAACAUUAAGACCAUUGUAGUGGUUAUGCCUAGCGUUCUCUGUACUGUUCCCUGGUAACAUAGCAAACAAUUUUGCUAAAAUUUUCCCUCCUGUCCUGGCUGGUGUUGGGCAUCCAAAUUCUGCAGAGCUGCCAAAGGUGGACGCCGAUCCUGCCAAUCAUUCAUUGUCAGCUAAGAGAGUGUCCGCUAAGCAUUCUCACCCAAUAAAUUAAACUUUGUGUAUAGAAAUGUGCACAAAAUUGACAUUGACAUUGACAUUAGAUAUAUCUAUCAUAUACAGACUCCAAGCACCAUGGCCAUUUCAAUUCACUAAAGUGGUGAUGGUGCUUACAGUAACCCUUUAAUUUUGUGCAUAUUGCUAUAUCUUUUAUCUUGCAUGUACAGCCACUUCUAGGGUGGAACUUCUAGAGUAUCCACAGUACAAAAUCAUCUUAAUUUAUAGAGAACUUGCCCAAUAAUGGACAGAUUAACUUCUAAACUCUUUGAUAACUUUGUAACACUUUCCAACCUUAUGCAAUGCAACAGAUUUUGAUCGCCGGUCUACUGAGAGCAGUUUUUUGCGAGGCAUCAUAUCAAUAGGGGCUUUUUGUGAAAAACAAAAUCUAAAUAUUUGAGUGCUUUUUGGCCACUGCUGUUCUGUGAUAAACAAACAUUGAAAAUAUGUUUUGUUUUUGUUUUGAAAUUAUUUAAUUAUAUUUAGUUUAUUUUGAUGAAUAUACAAUUCAAUGUUUAGCUAAAAUAUCUCUAUCCUUUGACUCUGAACAGCUGAGAGGAAUAUUGUAAUAUGUCAAUUUUCACAAAGCAUUUUCAAUAAUCACUUUUUUUUUUUCUUGUAUAGCACAUAUACUUCAGUACCACGAAGAAUCAAAGUUAAAAAGGAGAAGGUAAAUUGCUUAAAUUCUACUGUUAUAUGAGCAGCUUUUGUUACACAACAGUCUUUUUUAAGGGAAAAUAGACCAUGAGGUGACGUUGACUUGUGUUGGCAUCACGAUCUGUCUGGAGAGCCAGGUAAAACUUAUAUUAGUCUUCCGGAGAAGUUUAGGUAGAAUGACUAAUAUCUGAUACUUAGCUCACUGUCCUUGUGGAAUGAAAAAUAUAAAUAUCAAACUAAAUUUAAACAAAAUACCCAUGGCAACUUCUGUUAUACAGAUCACAUGUACCUUGAGUGAACUCUGUCUUAGCCAUUCCUGGUCUGUUGCUUCUGUCUCUGCAAACAAAUGAACCUCACAGUGAGGGAUUCCAGAACUGUCUCUGUAUAUCCAUGAUUCCAUGUGGAUUAUUUUAUAUGUAGCUGUGAUAUUAAGUGUUUUUUAUUUAAGCAGGAAAGUAAAACUUAGAGUGCAACACGUGUGCUUAUCAACAUGCCACACGUGUGCUUCUCAACAUGCCACACAUGUACUUAUCAACAUGCCACACGUGUGCUUACCAGCAUGCCACACGUGUGCUUAUCAACAUGCCACAAUGUGAGUUGUGGAGGAAAUUCAAAGUGAAUUUUAAGUGAUUUUCACGUUAAAGGUCAAAAUGAUUUCAGUUGAGCUACUUUGAACAUCAAUUUAAAAUUAAUCUCAGGGACUACUUACAAUACAUAAAGAAUAUAAAUACACAUGUCAUUGACAAUAAGUCUAAGCACCCCAAUUCCAGUGAUACAUGUACAGGAGAGUUGUUAAAUGGAACCUUUAAAAGGACUGUAGCAAUGAUGGUAGUAUUUUGUGUAUAAUGUGUCUGUAGACUGAUAGAUUUCUGUAUGUCUUGCUAACAUGGUUCUGUAACCAUUACCAGACACCAAGCAAUCAUUUCUGGAGGAUGCUUUUCAGUUUGGUACAGGAAAACAUUUGAGUGUUGUAUUCACUUGAGAUCUACUGCCCUUUGCAAACUCCGCAUUGCAAGUUGAACUUUAAGAUGUAGGACCGACUACGGUUCUAUUAAUAAUGCAUUGCUUAAUUAGAGAAGGGGCCCUGCAUAAUUAUGUUAAGGUACUUCAAUUGGAAAUGAAUCUGUUGGAAUUCAUAAGUAACUCUUAGAAAUGGCUGUAUAUUUCUGCUUAAUGUCUAGGCUCGGAAUAAAAUGUCACAUUUUAGCUAUAUAAUGUGUCUUUGUUAGUCUGUGGUUUGUCUUGUAUCUAUGUUGGCUCUAAGACAGGAAAUUUGAAGAAUAUUUUGGUUAUGUAGAGUUUUCCAAUUAUUGCCAAAUGUAAUACUGUUUACCGUAAUUAAUUAUUCAUUCUUUUUAUUGGAGUUAAUUAACAUGCACAAAGUGCUCCUCUGUGCAGUGUGGAACAAUGAGCAGGAAUUCAUAAUGCUGGAAAAUGCUGCUUUCCCACAUGGUAGAAGGCUUAUUCGCUGAACAGCGCACUGUAAUGUGUUGAUUAUCAACUUGACAAUUUAGCCCAAACUAGCUGAGCUGGAAAAAUGCACAAACUCUAGUUGGUCGUUAACGAAUACACUAUUCGCAGACUUGGAAAAGGGAACUCAGCCCUAUAAUUUGAUCCAGAGUAUGGUUUAUAUUUAUCUCCUGGCUGAUGUCGAUCAGUUAAUAUAUUUUAUAUCAGAAUGAUGAAUUUUACCUUCUUGGUUAUAAACAAAAAGUUCAAAAAUUUUUACUAAUUUUGUUUAUAUUUAAUUUUUAACUUGCCAGUUUAUUUAUUUACUCACUAACAUUUACCAUUGUUUACCAUUGUUAUGUCCACCUUGAACAUCAUCUAUCCAUGAAAACAACUGAAAAAUAUAAUAUAAAGAAACAAGGAAACGGCACAGGUUAUGGGUGCACAAGUCUAGCCAUAAUUGCAAUCGAAAAACUUCCUUUUAGCCUCUUAGAAGUUAAACGUUAUUUAUAAACAAUAUGCUGAUUAUAUAGUUGUAUGCAUGUGUGCAUAUAUUUUAAUAGUUUUGAUAUAUAUCUUUAUUAAUAUUAUAUGUUUUUUUUUAAUUUUUCAGAUUCUUAUCUACAGUCCGGAGUUUAUGAAGUAUAUCUAUGAUAAGUGGCUUCUCAAUCACGGCCGAUAUCCAUCCACCGGCCUUUUCAGUGUGAUUUUUGCGCUUCAUGUUUGUGAUAAGGUACUAACCUGUUUUACAAAAUGAUCCUAUCACAAGUAGUUAGCGACAAGUCCAUCUAUAUAGAUCACAGAACCUAUUAAUAAAAGGUUUUCAGUUGCUCUCUUGUAGUACGCCUACCCUACUCAUAUGUAUGAAAUAGUAAAAUUCAUUUUAAAAAAAAUAACAUUUCUAUUGCUUGUUUUUUUUAGGUGGAUAUAUAUGGUUUUGGGGCAGACAGCAAGGGGAAUUGGCACCAUUAUUGGGAGAACAAUCCUUCUGCCGGAGCAUUUCGCAAAACGGGAGUCCACGAUGGCGAUUUUGAGGCAAACAUUAUAGGAAAUCUCUCUGCAAUUAACAAAGUAACAGUUUUCCACGGUAGAUGACCCUACCGAGAAGAUGGCAUCUACUUUCCACAGUUCUCGGGCUUUAUCUUUGAUGCUAACAGCUGACUAUAGUUGGAGCAGACAUUUAUUUAAUUGUGACUGACUUUCUCAAUUUAACGCUGCAAGACACCUUUUCUUACCCUUAUUUUCUUAAUAUGUGGAUACUGACUUUGGAACCUCUUAUGGUAAUUUUCAUGAAGAUAUAUGUCCAAUUGACGUACGAGAAAAUUGGAUAUUCCAAGAUAUUUUUUGAUAAAACUUUUGAUAGGCCAACGACCGAACAAGAGAAUGUUCUUUCUACUUGAGCAAAUCCAUAGUGAUGUAAGAAUAAUCUAAAUAUAUUUUCGUUUGAGCAUCACUGAAGUCACCUUACACUUUGCAACAUGUCAGUUCACCAUUAUGUGGAAUGAUGUCUUGUCCUCUUUCUCAGUAAUGGAAAAAAAAAAUUGGAAUAUGGUGGAUAUUGAAGUAAAUUCCAAAUGCAUUUAAAAAUAAGUGUGUUUUUCCAAGCAUUUUUGGUUAAGAUAUAAAGCACGAGAUCUUCAUUUUGGUUUUUGGACCACUACAGAUUUCCACUUCUUUUUCAGAAAUUCAGUGAUACCAACACAACUACAGAUAAUCACCUGGGGUCUGGGAACGUUUUUCUAUGGCUUAAGAAAACCAGUUUUAAAUUGUGUUGGCUUGAACUCGUCUGAAUUUUUUUAAAGGGAAAAAAAUCCCCACAAAUAUCAGCUUUCAUGUAUCAUGGUUUAAAGACUGAUGAUUUGAUUUUUGAGAUAUCUAUAUUUUCAUACAAAAGAAACCACUUCAAUAAUUUUGUUCCAUUGUUUCAACUGCUUUCAGCUGAUUUCUUUAUUGAUUCUACAAGAAUAUAGAGAGAAUUCUGUUACAAUACAGGAUUGCUAUUUUCAAAUCAUCGGGAGCAAAUUAAGUUAAUAAAAACAACAACUCUAGGAUACUAUACAAAUAUGGUAUUGUUGCUUUAAGUAGAGUUUAUCUUUUUUAAUUUUUUCACAAUGACUUGUUUAUUUAUAAAGCCGUUAUUUACUUUUUUGCAAAUACCACUGAAAUAAAUAGUGUACAAGGGUAAGCAGUUUAAAUGCCUGCGGUGGGAAAAGUGUGGCUAUUGAUAAUUUAUUAUAGGGCAUGAUAUUGUUGCCCAAAUAUGAUGCCAAUUGUUUAUUCAUUACGCAGUUUAACAUUUAAUUCUAUUUUUCUAUCAACGAAGCUUUAAUUAAAGAAAAAAAAAUAAUGCAUCUUUUUUUAGAUACAUUGCUUUUACAUGUUCAAAGAAAGGGCUCAUCUGUGCAUCUGUGCCUGUUUUAUCAGAUUGCAUGCCCAGAAGGUAAUUGAAUAAAAUGUAACGAUUCACGAUAAGGUGGUUGUACCAUUGAAUGUCAGCAGAGUGCGCUGUUCCACUGAUACACAAGCCAUUGGAAUUGGCAUUUUGUUUAUCUGGAGGUGAACUUUGAAGAAGUGGUGGCUAAUAAACACAGUAUGGCAUAUUGUGUAACUAAACCCCAUGUUUAUCUGGGAAGACUGGUGUUAUUAAGUAGCCUUGUAAGAUAUACAAUUGCAGAUUUGUGUGUGCUCUCUUCCUUUAGUCUGCAUUUUGCAUACAUUUUGACCUUUACUGUAGCAGCACCAUUAAUAAGACAUGCCAUUCUCUCUUUUCUCGGCAUUUUAUAAUGUCCUAUGUUUACUUGAGUGGUCUUCACUAUAAUACUCUAGUUCCAAAUAAAACAUAUGCAAGGUAUGCGUUUUCAACAUACCCUUAACGUCAAAUUAUUCUUAAUUCUUACAGAAUUAUUUAUGUAAGAUUGAAAUAAUGGUAUAUUUUGAAUUCCCAAAUGUUUGUGGACUACAUUUCCAGUGACCCUCAGCCACUCUUAAUGGUGGUAGAGUACUGUGGGAAUGGUAGGUUAGGAACAUCUGGUGUGCCAUUGUUAGCCAUUAAAUCAAAGUAUUUAAGUAAAAGGUUGUAAGAUAUGAGCCACAAUAAAUAUAAAAUCUUUAAAAAAAAAAUUAAUAAAUCCUGCCCUUAAUUUUGCAAUUGUCUUUUUGUAUCUUACGACUUGGUAAGGAACCCAGAUUGACUUUCCAAGUAAUAAGUUCAAGCAAAGUUAAUUGCUGAAUUCAUUUUGAAACCUGAGUUGACUUUCAAGGUCAAAGCGAAUCGGUCAUGACUUGCAGGGACUGAUUCUCCUGCAAGAUCUACACUGAAGAAUUGACUGACAGUUGGGGAAGUGACCUAUUUUAACCCGUUAAGGACACAUGACGUGUGACAUGUCAUGAUUCCCUUUUAUUCCAGAUGUUUGGCCCUUAAGGGGUUAAACAGGUUUAUGAAUUUGUUAUAAAUUACCCUGGCACAAUGUGUAGAUGGAAUUUAACACAGAGUUAUCAUAAAAUAAGGUAUGACAGGUACACAUCAAAUCUCUAUUCAUAGGAAAUACUCACUUGUAUUUCAACAAUACUAUAUAAUGGAAUCCUACAUUUGGGUGUUUAGACACCAGAUGGUAUAUUUAAAGUGUAACACAUGCUAAUUUAUUAGUGUGUGGGAAUUUCGACAUAUCAAAAUUGAAUUCAUUCUCCAAGCUGGUUAGGUUUUUUUGUUUUUUGGGGUUUUUUUGUAAUUUUUUUUUUUUGACAUGCAAGUAAGUACAACAGUGCCUGUAUUGCCACAGCAGCAUUAACCGGCUCAAUUUUCAUGGUCAUGACAAGACAGAUUUAUGGCUUUCUGGGUUGACAUACAGUUACUUUAUAACCAGUUAACAGUUCAGGAUCUAAGUGCCUGCUCAUCGACUAUCUGGUGAUGAUGACUUGUUGGUUGUGCCGUUUUUCGUGAUACAUCUAUAUGGCGCAUGAUUGUGGGCAAGUGAUGGCCAACACUUGACAUUGCAGCUGUUAAAGAAUCCCUCUAGUGUUCCAUCCGUCGAGUUCCAUGCCCCUGAAUAUUAUAUCACUGAUAUGGGACAGUGGCCAAUUGAAACAUGUUCCAGUCUAGUAUGUAUGUGGCAUUCCUACAUUUAGUCUCUUGUGUUACUGUCAACAAUUUAAUGGUGAUUCCAUUUUUGUUGUUUUUUGGUUUUUUUUAAAGUAGCGCAGAAAUGUAUCUUCAAAGUGUAAAACAUUUUGGGUGAAGAAGAUAUGAAUAAUUUAAGUGAGGAUGAAGGGUUAAAAUACAACAUCAAAUAUAUAAAGGCCAUAAUGAAAUCAUUUCUAAAAAGCCCAGACAUUUGUUAUUCUUGUGAAUAUCAUAAUCAGGGCAAACAUGAUUUACUUAUAUCUGCCUAAUAUCAUUGUUUAAUUACUUUAUAAAGAAAUAAUGGUUUAAGGGGAGAUGUUUUUUGUUUUUAAGAUUUAAGGAAAGGCGGUUUAUAGUUGAUUUAUAAUGUUUUAAUUUUUUUGAAAUGAAUGGAUUGAGAAUUUAUAAAGAGAGAUAUACUAAGGUGUGAUGAGAGCUCACCAUUAAACUAACAAGGCACCUUGGAUGGUUGUAUGUGCAGGGUCCACUAGUGGGAUGGCUCUCUCACACCGCCAUGUAAUUUCAGUACUUGUUAGCUGUUAGAAAUACACAACAACUUCACUCCUAGUCUACAAGUUAGACCUCGCGGGAUCCCAUAUUAUCACCUUCCAGUGUUGGGUGAUUUGAUCAAGCCUUGCAAGCACGUACACAUAGGCUAAGUGUUUAUUAGGAUUAAAACAGAAAUGAGAGGUCACCAACAUAUGUCUUAUCUUGUUUGUUAUCCGAUUGCAUUCUUUUUCCAACAAAAUGAGAAUAUAACAAAAAUGUGGUUUUCGAGCAUAAAACGAAUAUCGAUUGAUACAUUAAAACUUAUUAUGUGAUUAUUUUAAUUAUAGCUUAUUUUCCAUGAUUUAUAGUAACCUUCCGACCUGCAUAUCUCUCUUUAGAGCGAUUUUGUGACUGUUACUUUCUGGAUUAAUUCAUACCCCAUAGAGAUAAACAGAUUAAAUCAAAAUUCGUUAAAUUAGCGUAACUUUCUUUUUUCGGUUUAAAGCAACUUGAUAAACUAAUUUUGGACGAACCGAAAGUCUUAAAAUACCAAUCGAAAUGAACAUUCUUUCUGUGCAACGUCUGUCAUUUUUAUAAUUUCUCUAACUUAUCAUUGCUUUGCUUGUUUUCUCUUUGUUUGGGGCGCUAAACACAUGCAGUGAUUUUGCUGCCCCAGAGAUACCAAGCCAAAAUCGAUAUGAAAAUACUUAGUUUCACCAGUCCGAAUGAUCUGUGUCUUGUAACAUCUUAUUACAUGGCAUGCUGCAACUGCCCUUAUUCAUUCUGUUAUCUGUUGUCAAUAUUGUCAGAUAAACCAAUCUAUCUAUGCACAAUUUAGUUAUGCCACAACUGAAUUAUUUAUCUGGUUUAUUUUAUUCGUGAUUUUCAUCUACCUCUUUAUGUAUCAAAAUCUUUUAGAUUUUUUUUUUUCUUCCUAAACUACUUUAGUAAGAGAGCCAAUACCUGUGCCAAAUGUUUGUAUGAGUACUGAGUAGAUAUGGGCAUUGCUGAAGUGACUUACAUUGAAAUGUGUGCCAUGGGUCCAGAGUGAACUUCUUAAAGCAUCUGUCAACUGAACAUGACUUUGUAUGAAUUAAACCAUUCUGUCACACACUAUUAUUAUCUUCCUUUAUUAUAAUAAGCUACAGAAACAAACACAAAGUAGAAUGCUGAUUUCAAUAUUCUUGCCGUUUUUUGAAUGCAUUCUGUAUAUGUAACUUAUAUAAUUCUUUGUAUUGUAGUCUUUUUUUUUUUUUUUUUAAUUAGUAUUUUAUUGAGAUUUUGUUACUACAGAAAAUAAAUGACAACCAGGCAUGCAACACGCACAUUGGGGAGCAAAAAGCAUAAUGACCAAUCAUUGGAUGCAUACCAAGUUUAUUAGCCCCCCUCCACGUAGAGUAACUGCAACAGUCAUGCUUUUCCCUCCAAAAAAAAUACACUGCAUAAACUCUUAUGAAAGAGGAAACAACCCCAAGGCAGCAUGUCCCCCUCCCCCUGAUAUAUGCGAUUCUAAAAAUGCUCAACCUGUUGCUGUUAAGGCAACACGGCCAAUUUUGUAAUCAUGCGUGUAAAUCUAGGAGCUUGCUGGGUUCAAACAGAAGGAUUCAGAUUUGUUGGCCAGUUAAGAAAAACCUCAUAUCCAGCUAGAGGAAGGACUCUUGGCUAGAUCCACUCCUUGCCUGAUAAUACCAUCUUGUAGGGUGUCCUAUAGACAUUUAAGUUUGGACAUCUUCAAAACUUUCCCUCUUUUCCACUUCCUUUGACACGUUACAUUUUCACAGCAUACAUGGGCAGUAUUCAUAAAAAUAGGAACACAUAACACAACAUUAAUUUAGGGCAGUCGUGCCUAAUCUAAGAAUCCAAAUGUUUUUGAAAAAUUUAUUUUAAAUCUUAAAAACAUCUAUGUUGUCAAGGUUUUCCGUGACGGGCUUAGUGAUUUUAUCGUAGCAUGAAAUUAUAGUGCAGGUCAUAGAGGAUAGUUUAGGCCACUAUUCAGAAUGACCAAAAUACGUUGGCACAUACUUUAUAAGCGAUUAUUGCCAUCUGUUACGGACACUAAAGGCUUCGUAAAUUAGUAAAAGCAUAUUGCAAUUGUUAUGGUUUAAAAAAUGGUGUGGGAGCAAAACCAGGCCUAGCGCAGUACCAAAUGUCCAGUAACUACAGUGAGAACUUCUGAAUUAACUGUCCAUCACUUGAUGACAAUGAUUGGCUGAGAGCUGGGGGGGUCAGCUGGCUAUGCACCCUUCAGCUCAUAACUGUAAUCAUGAGCUUUAAGUUUUUGGGGAGCUUAAAGUGCCUCCUUAAAGGACCACUAUAGACACCCAGACCACUUCAGCUCAAUGAAGUGGUCUGGGUGCCAGGUCCAUCUAGGAUUAACGCUGCCUGCUGUAAACUUAGCAGUUUCAGAGAAACUGAUAUGUUUACAAAUGGGUUCAUCCAGCCUCUAGUGGCUGUCUCAUUGACAGCCGCUAGAGGCGCUUCCGCACUUCUCUCUGUGAUUUUCACAGUGAGAAGGCGCCAGCAUCCAUAGGAAAGCAUUGAGAAUGCUUUACUAUAGACUGACUGAAUGCGUGGGCGCAUGUGCAUUCAGCCGAUGACGACCGAAGGAGGAGGAGAGUCCCCAGCGCCGAGGGAGCCCGGCCCUGGAGAAAGGUGAGUGUUUAACCCCCUUCUUCCCCCUUCAGCCUGGUGGUAGUGGGACCCUGAGGGUGGGGGCACCCUCAGGGCACUAUAGUGGUCCUUUAAAGUCAGUGAGUGGCCACUACAGAAAGCACAUAACAGGAGUGUAGCCUUACGAAUCAAUUUUUAGGUUGCCAUUUAAAUUACUCUUAGCUCAUAGGUGCCCCUUAGUGAAUUUAUAAAGUACUGCAGGUUAAAAAAAAACAUUUGGAGCAUCUGAAUUGACAUUAGUCUUUUUUUGUCCUCAUACCAGCCUGCUCUUUAACAAAAAUGACAGAAAUCUCUUCAGAUCCUGCAUUUUAUAGAGACUAUUUUUUUAAAAAGAUUUAAGAGGUGAUGCCAGAAGCCCACUUCACCUGAAAUGUUGAGUUUAUUAUAAAAUGUCCUUUGAGAAAUGCACUCAUUAUAAAGAUUUCGCAUGAUGAAUGUGUUAAUGUUUGUUAACUCUGGACCCAGAGAUUGAUAUAGAGCUAUCUGUUAAGUUCUUUAAAACUCAUAUCUGUUUACAUCUGCCUUUGUAUUUGUGAAACAAAUAUACAUUUUGUACAAAAAUAAUAAUAAAAAAAAUAAGAUGAUUGCUGAGAAUGGUUUGUUUGUAUAGAAAACCAAAGUUUUUUUUUAUUGUUUUAUAUUCAAACUUGUUAUACCCACUUCUUUUACUUGAAUGAACAAUAAAUUGACAUUGUAAUUUGUCUCGUUUUAUUGUGGUUUAUAAAAUUGUAAAAUAUAGAUACAAAAAUGUAAUUACACCAGUUUAAUGACCAUUAAAUGUUGUGGAUGACAAUCACAGGGAGGUAAGUAAAAGAUGCUAAAUAUUAAAACUCAAGUUCUGCAGGUCUCAAUAUUGCAAUUGGCUAAGAAGGGAUAUUGUCCUUUCUGGGAAGAUUAUAUAAAAUUAAGUACUACACACUUUCUGAAUUUAAGAACUUUGUGAAAAAAAUACGAAGAGGAAAUAGUUGGUAUUCUUUUCAAUGGUUUACAUAGUGGUAUAAAAUUCCACAGGUAAGCUGACACACGUACGUACAUACUCCUACCACCAAGACCAGUUCAAAUCACUGAAGUGGUCAUCCAUGGUUGGAGUAACCCUUUAAAUAAAAAAGGCUAGCAUAUCGUAGUUUAAGGUGCAGUGUGUUAAAGUUGCAGUUAGCCCAGAUAAUCCUAAUACUGUCAGAUUAUAAAGCAUUUGAAUUUAAUUUUCUAAUUAUGUACUCAGCCCUUCAUCCUUCUGAGGUCGAUAAAAUGAGUACCAUCAAUUGGGUAAUAAUAACAUCUAUUACUAUUCAGCUGCUGAUUUGGUUAAUUCUGAGAGCAUGCGCUGAAAAAGGCUUUGAGUCCCACUGGGAGAAAGGCGCUAUAUAAAUACUAGUUAUUAUAAUAUUAUUAUUACAGGCUAUGAUGUAACUGUCAGUUGCAGUAAUAUUUUUUUUUAAAUUAGAUUUGAUUUAUAGUCUGGUUUCUUUACAAAUCCUCUUUGUUUUUUAAUUAAAUCCUCUAGCUAUAGUGCAUUCAACUGUUUGCUGGGUUUAAGCAUUUUCACUGUGCAAUCAGACAAACUCACAUGAUUAUAUACUAACAGCAGCACCUGAUCUAAGAGCUAUUAGUAUUGUAUAAACUGCAAUAGCGGUUUAACCCCUUAAGGAUACGACGGAAAUGUUCCGUCAUGAUUCCCUUUUAUUUCUGAAGUUGUGUCGUUAAGGGGUUAAUACAGAUUUUAUUGUUUUGUUUACUAAAUUUAGUUUACAGUUUAUUUUCCUCAAAAGAUCACUGGACACCAGUAGGGCUGGUUAAAGACCUAGUAGCUAUUUUAAAACACACUCUUUGGAAUUUGGAGAGAAGGCUCUCUUACUUAUCUGAAGAUUAAGGUGACAGAAAAUACCCGGGACCUAUUCAAAGCUAACUACUUCAAAUUCGGGAGGACACAUAGCCGUGAUCAAAAUGCUGCCAUUGUCCAAUCUGCAAUGCUUUUUAGAUCAUUGCCAAUCCAACUACCUAUUGCAAACCCACAUAAACAUAUACCAUGUUAACCAAGGCCAUAAAGCAAGAAUACCCUUGCAUAUUCGUAGAAGAAGAGUGUUAGAAGGUGGAUUAGGGAUGCCUGUACUCUCUGCUUACAACCACACAGCUAACCUAAGUCAGGGGAUCACACUACAAAAAAAUAAGGACAACACACAAUGGGUAGAAAUGGAAAUAUUUUGGUCCAUGAGGGAAGGGGGUGCACACACUCUUCUGGCUCCCAAAAUCUGACCAAUCCAUAAUGCCAAAUUUACUACCAACCACUGGCCUCGCAUAAAAAACUUGGGACAAAUAUCAAACAGAAUUUUGCACGGAUCUACCCUUGUCAUAGGCAACUCCUAUCCUGUUUUUUAAUUACCGGAUUCCUACUUUCCAAAGUAGAAAAUGGGGGGCUUGUGCUGUGACUUCCUUUUCAAAUAUGGAAAGGAGGUAAAGUGAUACCCUUAGAUCAACUGGCAAAGCAAUUCCACGUACCAAAGGAAAUGUACUUCUACCUACAAUUGCAAACUUACCUAACAUCCCAUAAACUCAUAGAAAAAAACAAACCUAAACCUCUUACCCUACCUUAUCAGAUAUUGGUUUUAUACUUCUCAUUGGUACGUUCUUGCUGGUAUUGAUGGUUAGGACAUCAUACUGUUACGUUUAUGAUGCCUACCUGUCAUUCCAAGUGUAACCAGUUGAAAUUGCACAAUGUCCAAGUCUGUUGUUACUUGUAUAACAAUGUAUCACCAAUAAAGAAAUACAUUUGGGGAAAAAAAGGUCAAUGAUUGGGUGCACUGUGUAAACGGGUGAACUAGUGUGGGUUUUAGAGUUGGGUAUUUGUUUGAUUUGAAAGUAAAUAAAUAUCUCUAAGUUCUACUUGGCUUUAUCCACUACCUGCUGUUAAAGAAAGGAAGGUGCCCCCUCUAUAGGCACACAAGCCAAUAUACCAGGUUUCAGUGACUCUGAAUAAGGUGAGCAAAAUAUUUGCAUUUAAAGUCUUUUUAUAUGUAUAGACCAUACUACACAAGAAAGUUUUCUCUCGUUUUUAUCUUAUUUCUUGAUAUCAUCUUUGGACAAGAAAGAGUGCAGUGUCACCUACGACAUUACUGCUGAUGGGAUUUCAGCCUGUCCCCUAGGGGCUCUUAUCAAUGUGUGUUGACACACGUGUGCUAUACAUUCAAUCCCUUUUUUUUAAUAGAUUUACACUAUAUUGUUUUUUUUUUGUUGUUUUCCUUUUAUAUGUGUCUACUCAUCAUUUGAGUUAAAUAUUUUAGGGUAAGUGUGUACCCUUUAUUUCAAGACAAGAUUAGCCCGGACGAGGGGUCAGAUGAGAAAUGCUACAUAGUGUAAUGCUUCUAAGAAAAUACUACCAUAUGUUACUUUGUGAAUUGUAGGAUUCCAGGCUUUCUGGCAGAAGCUAAGCUCAAAGCUUUUCCUACCUGUCCCACAAGCUAAGCAGAAGAUAAAGAGUCCACCCAGUUUUGCUCGGGGCCGAGCAGAGAAUCCCACAACUAGACUCCAGUCCAGCAGGCAGAGGAGACCGCAACAUCGUCUCUUGAGAAAGGUGCAGACAGGAUGGACACCAGGGCGGAUAAAGCUGGCGGAGACAUGGGGGACCCUACAGCGACAUGAAGAGAGGAGGGGAAGUCGCUUGCCAUCCCUGAGCCUACUGACAACACCUAUGAUGCUGAAUCUGAAGACUUGUGCCGAUCUGGGGAUCCGUGUUAUGCCGAUGCAGGGCAUAGGGUGACCAGACUGCUGAAUACUGACCUCAUGACAUAUAUAGCUUACUGUUAUAUUUCCUUCUGUCCACUAUUGCCACACUCUGUUAUUGUACCUGCCAGCAGUCACUGUUCAUACAGAUAUUCUACUGACCCCUACUACAUACAAGUUAUCCACGGUGGAACACCUCCACUUUUCUUGUUCCUUUGCAAUUCUAUAUAUCUCAUUAGAAUUUAGUUGGUAUAGCUUGACUUACCACUGUUUAUCUUUCCAUUAUAAAAAAUUGUGCAGUAUACUAGACAUGUCAACAUAUGUGUUACUUCUCAUGUCACUAAGCAAUGUCAUGAUCACAAAUGCUUUGUAUAUUCCUUGCAGAACAAAAAUAAAGAAUACAUUUAAAAAAAAGGUUAAACCAUCACGGCAGGGGGACUCAUCCCCCACUAGAUUCUAAGUUACACCAGAGCCAAGAGGGCUCAUUGAAAAUAGUUACUAUUAAUCGGUGGGAUUAUUGAUUGGUUAAUAAUAACUAUUUCCACUGAGCCCUCUUGGCAAUAAUGUAAAUUUCAAUCUUAUUUUUAUUUAUUUAAGGUUCUCUUAUUUUUAUACAGAUUUAUUUGUCUACAUUUAUUUUUUUAAAUUCAUCAUUUCUUUAUUACUUUAAAGUUUUCCUCUAAUUUGCUGUUUUCUGUACCAUAAGAAACUCAGCCCAUACUGUGCCUAAUUAGAAUUCUGCUGAUAGUGCAAGGUACAUUGAAAUAAAUCAGCUUUAUAUACAGCGAUAAUGUUAUUUCAAUUCAAGUGACAAGAGCAGGUUUUCAUUAUGUGAACAGCUGUUUAGAAAUUAAAAAAAGAGCGUUAAUUUAAACAUGUUCAGAAGUGACACGUUGUGAUGGAUGUUGAUUAGCUGACAGAAAAUCAAAAUUUAUAAUGGAAAAUAAAAUUAUCUUCCACAUUUAUUCCAGAGGCUAUUACACUCUUAGAAUUACAAAUUGUGUGACAAUAUACAAUUUAGUAGACAGAACGGCUCAUAGAAUUAUCAUUGAAUCAAUACGUGCUCAUGAUAUACAGCACAUAAGGGCCAAUAUACUUUGAUUCUUAUUGUCCAUUGUCUGACAAAUUCCUUUAAUGACCACAAUGAAAGGACACUCCAGGAUGCAGGUCCAAUUUUUUAAAUAUUACAAAUUAAAAAAAUAAAAAAAGUUGGUCACCUUUGAAGUUUCUAUAUUUGAUGCAAAUACCCACAAUAUGCAGCUUCCUGCUAUGAACUGUGUCCAGACUAAGAGAAAUUGUCAGCCAGUCCUAGCCAUGCAUUAUUUUUAAUUUUUAUGUAAUUAUUUUUUAUGUAAUUUUUAAUCAAGAUGGUCUCAUAAUAUGUAAUUCAGUGCUUGGCAAAAGUUCAAUUAAUUACAGAAAAUAUUAAUUAAACUUCUUUCAGAUGAAUAGCUUAUUUAAUAUUUGUAUUAAAUUAUAGAAAGUUUAAUAAAGGCAUGCAGCGCACCGUCUAUGAGAAAGAAAUAUAGUUUACUGAAUGAAGACAAAAGUUUAAAGUUGCUGGUGUAGGGAUGUAUUUUUGGACAGGCCAACUAACCUGGGCCUAUGAUAGCAGAUAAACGGGGCUGGAAAGGUAACAAGAGGAUCUAAUCAGGCACUAAUGAAAGCAUUUAGAAAAUUGUGAAGAACAGAUGGGCCGAAUGGUUCUUAUCUGCCGUCACAUUCUAUGUUUCUAUGUUUAAAUCUCUCUAACCAGCCUUACAAUUUAAAGGGAGCAACUUGACUGAUAUGUGCUCCUACUGUUGUUCAUCAAUGAAGAUCCAACAUGGAAUGCUGUGAGGAUAAAAGAAAGAACUGAGAUAUAUCCUCAUCUUCCGUGGUAAGAUCUGCGUGGGCAGAUAUUGGGCAAGUACCCGCCCUGCUUGAACAUACUACAAGUAUGGCUACAGCUAUAUCGAGAUCACUGUUAAGAAACCUAUUUAUAUAUUAUGGUGAUUAGAUCAACCCAAAUCCAAAAGUUGUGUUGACUGGGUUAUUAACGAACAUCAACUGUUGAAAAUUCAAAGCAAUUUAAAAAUGUGAAAAUCCCACCAGUAAAGUUAUUUUUGCCUAAGAUUUGAAUCUCGCAUUGGAUUCCCAACACUUCAUGUGUUAGUAAUUCAUUGUUUAAAUUUUAAGAUAAAAUUUGUGAAAAUCAAAUGCAUUUUUAAAUAAAGCGUGCUACCUGCAGAACAACAUAUUACUCAUUGAAAUCCGACAAUAGCAAUAGUUCUCGUAGUAUUCCAAUGGAACCAAAGAUGUUCUAUAACUAAGAAUAACCCAGAUCUUUUGAAAUAGAGCCAUUUGUUUGAACCUGGACCGUUGUUGCCCACUGAGUGGUUGCUUGAGUACCCUUGCUACUCAAAAUGAACUAAUCCAAACAAUAAGAUGAUAUAAUUCUUACUAAACGUCAUGGGAUAGGAGGUUCUAUCCGGAAUUGUAGCUUCAAGAGAAGUGUUUGGUGAGUAGCUAUUAAAAUAUAUUUAAAACACAAGAACCCUUAAAUCUGUAUCUAGCUAUAGACACUAUCACGGUUAUUUAUUAAAGUGAGAAUUUUGCAGAAAUUUAAAGUGAAUUUCAAAAUUGAGGUUCAAGUAUCUGAACUUUAAAUUUCUUACAAUUCUUACAUUAGUAAAUAACCCUAUCUGGAUAGAAAAGUACAAAGACUGUACUGCUCCUAUGAUUAAUAUAAUGUUUAUUCUAGCUGACAAGUUCAGUUUUAAUUGGUCACUUUUUUCGAUCAGCUUAUACUUAGAGUGCAAUGUCCCAGCGUCCAAUACUUAGUAAAUCCAGAUUGUUCCAUGAAUUCCAAACUAGCUUAGAAUAAUUUAAUGUUUGGCUUGUAAUACCUAAACACAAUAACAUUCUAUGUUCUAAGUCUGUGUUUUACUUGGGGCUGAUUCACCAUGCCACAAAUAUCUCCCAUCCCGACUAAUACAAUCCACUCAUUGCACCUCCCCCUGUCUGUCAUUAAACUGGCUUUAACAUGCUGUAUUCUGCUCCUUACUGAUAGAUUUCUUCAUAACACUGCUUCUGUAUACAUAUUCUCACCAUUAAAUACAUAUAUUCCAUCCAGGCUACUCUGUGAAAUACCUACAACUUUCUUCUGCUCAUACUCGCACGCCGACAGUCUUCUUCAAGACUUCUCUACGGCUGUUCCAUUCCUCACUCCAUUAAACUCUUCCCCACAGCCCAUGCCAUCAGAAAGUCACUGAUUUAAGUUAUAUACAUAUUCAUACAUAUUCAUACAUAUUCUCACCAUUAAAUACAUAUAUUCCAUGCAGGCUACUCUGUGAAAUACCUACAACUUUCUUCUGCUCAUACUCGCACGCCGACAGUCUUCUUCAAGACUUCUCUACGGCUGUUCCAUUCCUCACUCCAUUAAACUCUUCCCCACAGCCCAUGCCAUCAGAAAGUCACUGAUUUAAGUUAUAUACAUAUUCAUACAUAUUCAUACAUAUUCUCACCAUUAAAUACAUAUAUUCCAUUCAGGCUACUCUGUGAAAUACCUACAACUUUAUUCUGCUCAUACUCGCACGCCGACAGUCUUCUUCAAGACUUCUCUACGGCUGUUCCAUUCCUCGCUCCAUUAAACUCUUCCCCACAGUCCAUGCCAUCAGAAAGUCACUGAUUUAAGUUAUGGUGGAUGCUGUGGUCUUGUUAGAUCCUUUGUAAUCAUAAUUGUGUUUUGUUUUGGAUUCCUAGCACAUGAAAUUCGAGAAGCAGUGCCUAUGAUGGACAGUUCCCUUCAGCUUCACUCUUUGGCCAGUGCACACCAAGAAGGGAUGUGGCCUUUGUGGAUGCUAGAGGCAAUUGUGGAACUAUCUCUGUUACAGCCAGUGCGGCUGCACCAAGGCAUGCAGAAUUUGGAGGGCCCUUCAGGUAACACUCCCGAUAAGCAGACUGGUCUGAUCAGGGGCUUGGUCGGGUGCUGUGGCCAUUUAGCAGUGUGACCAGGCCCCUUUAAUUUUGGCAGCCAGUGUUGGCUUAAAAUAGUGUAAUUUAAAUAGCAGAUGUAUAUAAUUUUACUUAUUUUAAUAAAAAUUAUUUACAAGUGUGCCUUUGGUGCCAACGAUCUAAACCCCAUCAUCAAGUAAGGUGAUAGCUGUGUGCGAAUGGAAAGAAGGUAACUUCAUGCUAAUUAUUGUGGAUAAAGAGAGACAUAUAUGUGGGAAGGAAUAUCAAUAUUUACUAAUGUAUUUAGAAAAUCGGGCAGACUAGAUGGGCCGAAUGGUUCUUAUCUGCCGUCACAUUCCAUGUUUCUAUGUAAAUUCAAAAGUGAAUUCCAAAUUUUAGGACCUGAAUAGUUGAAGUGACAGCAUAGCUGACUUAGAUAAUUUUUUUAUUUCAGCUUCUCUGACCUUAAAUUUGAAUUUCACUUUGAAUUCUCACUUUAGUGCAUAAUCCAGUGAGUGUUUCUGUCUGAAUGCGUGUAUGAUGUAAAGCUUGUGUCUGUGUGUGUGUUUGUUCCUCUGAUGUUUGUCUUUAUGUCAUGAUCAUCUCUGGGAAUGAUACGUUCAGUAAGUAUCUUGGUACGUAUGUAUGAUUGUUUCCGUGGAAGGAAUUAAUACUUCUUAAAAUGGAAAGUAGGUUAGUGAGGGUGUUACCAUUUCAACCAAUUACAGGAAAACAUUGUAUUUCUCAUCUCCUCUUCCUAAUGUCUAUUUCUGUAGCCAAAUUAAAGUUUUAUCUUCCUCUAUAUACAUUCUUCGUUUCAUUCAGAUUAUGACCCCGGGAAUUCAUGAUUUGUGGAGAGUCUUUCGAAUAAUUUCAAGAAACCAUUUAACACAAAAUUCUAAUAAUUGGAUAUGAUAUUGAAACAGUUUAAAAAGUGCAAAGAUUUUGACCAAUUGCUUGUUUGGAAAUGGGCUAGCCCCCUGCUAGAAAUUUUAAAUAUUGCCCACUAGAUGGCGAUAUUUAACUGCUUUCUUGAAACAGUAGCAGAAGCCAGAUUUUGUGUGCGCGUGUGUGUAUACAUAUAUAUAUAGUAUAUGUUUAAUUUAAGGUUUUCUUAUUUAAAUCACAGUUUUAUAAAAAGAAGUAAAAAAUAAUAUGCUACAUGUAGUUGAAGGAUGAUAUUGUUGUAAUUAUUUUUUAUUUACACUAAUUUUAUUAUAGGGCACCUGCAGAUUGUUCAGCACCAUAUAACAGAACAGGGUUAUAGACAAUAUGAACUUUAACAAUAAAUAUAUAAAGAGGUUCAUUCCUUAGAUAAUCAAUUGUGGUGAUUUGAAAAUCCCAUUGAAAAAUUCAGGUUAAAAUAGGCAAGCGAUUACUACAGUUGAUUAGGAAGAUUUUUCCAAAAGAUAACUUUUUGCCUAAAUUUUGCAAUACAAUUUUACACUCACUACUAAAUGUUUUGUGAAUUAAACCAACAGCUAUAUACAUAAAUGCACAAGAGUACAGAAGCUGUUAGUAAGUGUGUAGGAUUUAUAAAAUCAGUCUUAUUAGAAAUUUACUGAAGGAAACAAGGUGAUUUGUUAUCAUGGGACUCACCUAAGAGGUUGUGCUUUGACUUGCCAGGUGAGCUUACACUUUAAUUUUCUAUGGAGUGAUACUAAGAAACCUCCAGUUAUUUAAAUGUGCAGAGGGAUUUGGGAUAGUGCAAAAAUUUAACUAACAAUGCAAAUGUUCCAACUGCACGUGAAAAUGAAGGCAUUUCAUUUACACUAUCCCAAUAAACACCCACCAUUUUACAAGAUGUAACUUAUGCAGUUUUUAGUUCCCCAAAAGACUUAUCGACAAAACAAAUUAUUUAAAAAAAAAAAAAGUCAAAUCCUGUAUCAUAUUAUAUAAAGCAGUUUAUUACGUAUUCUACGGUUAUUGUCUUUGUGUUUUCUGAAACAUGCAAUUGAGAUCCCUAACAAUGAGAUGGUUAUUUCAUAUAUCUCUGUGACUCCCCUGGCCUGCUCCCGACUUCCAUGGUUCUUUUUGGGUUUUUUUGGGAAGUGCAUACCCAUCUGAGUAAUGCUCUAUCUUGUCCUCCUCUUAUUUUCCCAUUUCUCCCUCAGUAUCCAAUCUUCUCCUUACACCUACUUCCCUCAACCUCCCAACAACCUUCACAUUAACCCCUCUAUGCUGCACUCACCCUUCUUUUAUCUCAUGCCCUGCACUCUUUUCUCUAUUCUCUCCAUCCUCUUCCUACUUGAUAUCAUCCCAGACUCCAUCUAUAUAAAACUCGCUCACACCUUCUGUCUCUAUCUCUCCUCCUGCUUCUAGCAGCUAGUGAUGUCUCUCCCAACCAAGGGCCCGUCAUCUCCUCUACUCACACUAAGUCUAUAAAAAAACACACCCUAACCUCAUGCCAAUACAAUGCCAUCCAUCCCCAUCUACCAAUAUUCAGUGUGCACUUUGGAAUGCCCGCUCCAUCUGCAGCAAUAUAAAAUCAACAGCCAUACACAACCUCUUCGUCUCAAAUUCUUUCACACUUCUUGCACUCACUGAGACCUGGCUGUCCCCCUCUGAUACUGCUACUCCUGCUUCCUUAUGGUGGACUACAAUUCUCCCACACUCCCAGACCAAACAACUGUAAAUGAGGUGGUGUAGGCAUCCUUCUCUACCCUCAAUGUACCUUUCAACCUAUCCUCCCUGCCCCUGCCCUAUCCUUUUACUUGUCCCCCUCCGGUCAUCCUUGGCUAUUCAUUGAACACUUUUCUUCCUGGCUACCCUGUUUCCUCUCCUCUUGCACUCCUUCCCUCAUUCUUUGGAACUUUAAUAUCCCAAUUAGCAACCCUAACUGCCCUUAUGCCUCUCAUCUGCUCUCUAUAACCUCCUCCGUUGGACUCACACACUGGUCUAAUUCAUCAACUCAUAGAGCAGGAAACACUCUUGAUCUUCACAACUCUCUGUACCACCUAUAAUCUAUCCAAUGUUCAAUUUCCUCUAUCUGACCACCAUCUGCUGUCCAUUGACAUCAGCAUACCCCGUACCCAAAGUACUCCACCUUUACCACGUCAGUCUUGCAGAAACCUCCACUGUCUUGACCUACAGCAAUUCCCCACCAACCUCCAAAGUCUCCUUUCACCCAUCUCAAAUCUCACCUGCCCUAACACUGCAACCUCAGUCUGCAACUCCACUCUCUCCUCUCAACUAGACAGCUUAGCACCUCCUACACUUAAACGCACUAAGCGCCCCCCAAUUACAACCCUGGCACACCAAGCUGACCUGAUACCUCCAAAAAUGUCCCAGAACUGCUGAACACUGCUGGAGAAAGUCUCACUCUACAUCUGACUUCCUCCACUAUAAAUUUAUGCUGAGCUCCUACAGUCUGGCUCUUUCUUCUUCAAAAGAAAACUACUUCAAAUCAUUUAUAACCACACUCUCCCGCAAGCCUAAAUGACUGUUUCAUGCUUUUAACUCUUUGUUCUGCUUUGUUCUUCUCCCUGUUGUGCCUCCUCCUCCUACCAACUUGACCGCCACAAACUUUGCAACUCACUUCACUGUGAAGUGAAAAGAUCUUAACUGCGACACUCCCUCAACAAUGCUAUGCUCAUUUGCACCCACUAUAGCAGAAGAGGUUUCUGCUCUGCUCCAUUCCUCCCGCUGCACCACGUGUUUCUUCGAUCCUAUUCCCUCGUAACUUAUCUGCACUUUGGCUCCUUCCUUUGCUUUGCUUCUAACUAAAAUUUGAAAACUCUCCCUCUCCUCUGGCACAUUUCCUCUACCCUUCAAACAUGCAACCGCCCGUAACACCAAUUCUGAAAAAACCCAACCUUGACCCUAAUUCCCCAUCCAACUACCACCCUAUCUCGCUACUGCCGUUUGUCUCCAAAUUUCCAUUUGGCAAUUUCAAUGUGUAAAAUCUGAAAUGCACAAGUUCUUGAAACUAUAACUUUCCAAAACACCUGGACAUAGGGAGUACUGUUCUAUUUGUAAGACUUUGCUGAACACAAAUAUGUUUUAGAGCAUUAAAAUAUAUAAUGCUGAUGAUAUUAUCAGUGAAAAGGCAUUUUUUGUGUGAAAAAUGCUACAAACAAAUAUGAACGCUAACUUUGGGUAGGGUUUGUGACUAAGAGGUUACUAAAAAGAAUUGGACCAAUUUUGAAUACCCUGGGUUGUCUAUUUUUGCAAAUGGUAUGCCAUGAUGGGGUUAAUUUUCAUUCCUGGGCUGCUAUAUGAUCUCAAAGGCAACAUAACCAAUUUGACUAAUUUCAAUGUGUAUAAAUUGAUAAGGGAAACCUGCUAUAUUUGACCCUGUAACUUCCCAUAUAACCUGUAAAAGGGGGAUAUUAUUGCUCUCGUGAGACAUCGCUGAUCACAAAUAUGUGAAACAUCACAAACAGCAUUAUGACAUGCACAGUUAAAAUUCCACGCAGAACUAAGAAAAUAGAAUUUCUUAAUUUCUUACAACUUUUUGUUUUUUAUUUAUAUAAAAUUAUGAUUUUAUAUAUAUAUAUAUUUAAUCAUAAAAUCAUAAUUUUAUAUAAAUGCCACACCAGUGAGGUGGAUGGAUUAUCUCGGCAAAAGAGAAGUGCUCACUAACACAGAUUUAGACAGAUUUGGAACAAUAUUUGAAAGAAAUAGGCCUUUUGUAAACAUAGAAAAAGUCUUAGAUCUUUAACCCCUUAAGGACACAUGACACGUGUGACAUGUCAUGAUUCCUUUUUAUUCUAGAUGUUUGGUCCGUAAGGGGUUAAGUUCAGCUCAUGAAAAAUGGGGGCAAAAACAAAAGUGUUGUGCUUAUAAUUUUGUUCAGUGUAUAUAUACUAUGAUAUGAAAGCCCUGUUUCUCCUUAACAAAAUGAUAUAUAAUAAGUGUGGGUGCACUUAACAUGAAAGAGGUAAAUUAUGGUUGAACAGACAUAUAGUCAAAUUCCAGGUUUUGUUCUGAUUAGAACUUGUACAAUUGCCCCUGUCCUUAAGGGGUUAAUGUUAACGUUACAAACCUUUAUAGCUAAUAUAACGUAAUGGGAAGCUGAUGCCAUGGUUUUUACUCCAGUUUUAUAACUUCCUCCACUUUUCUAUUAAUACAGCUUUUAUAAACCUCACGUCAUUUCCCUUCAUUAUUAUUGUAUUCUGCUGCUAAGAAAAAUUUAUUCUGAAACAAUGUAAAAGAAUAUUGUAUGAAAAACAAGUGAAGUAUCAUAUCGUUUUAGUUUUACUCAUAAAUGUGAAUUUUUCUUCUCAGGAAGUUAAAAGAAAUAUCAGAAACAUUUUUUUAUAAUAUUUUAAUAUUCGUUUAUGAUGUUUCUACAAAAAAAAAUGCCCAAACUGUAACUAAAUUGUAAGUUAUAUAAACCUCAUAAAAGUGUAUAAAACUGGGGGACGUUUAGAGUGCGGAAUGGUGGUAAAUAAUAUCCUCUGUAAGGGAAUUCUCUACUUUAGAACCAAUUUUGAAUAUGAGCUUCUUCGAAACACUUAUUAGAACCAAAAUAUGGACAGCUUGAAUCUCCCAUCUUCUCUGGAAACCCUCAUUAGAACCAGGAAUCAGACAUUUUUCAUCUCCCAUCUUCUCUUGAAUACUAAUUAGAGCCAGGACACAGCCAUCUUCCAUCUCCAAACUUUCCUUGAACACUCAUUAGAACCACUAUAACAGAACCACUAUAAAAAGCCACCUAUAGACACACUCCUUAGAACUAGUAGAUGAUCAUCUUCUAUCCCCAGCAUCUCUGGCACACUCAUUAGAACAAGGAUAUGGCCAUUUUCCUUCUCCCAGUUUCUUUCAUUCAUUACAACCAGGAAACAGCCAUCAUCCAUCUCCCAGCAUCAUUAGAACACUCAUUAGAACCAGGAGACACUCAUCUUCCAUCUCCCAGCGUCUCUGGAACACUCACUAGAACCUGGAAGCAGCCAUCUUCCAUCCCCUAGCUUCUCAGAGACACUCAUUAGAAUCAGGAGCCAUCCAUCUACUAGCUCCUCAGAUCAGAUCAGCCAUCUUCCAUCUCUCAACAUCUCUGGAACACUCUUUAGAACCAGAAGAACAGCCAUCUACCAGAUUCUCAGAGACACUCAUUAGAGCCAGUAGAGAGUUAUUGUAUAUUAACCAGCAUCUCUGGAACACUACUUAGAAAAAGGAGGCAAUCAUCUUCCCUCUCCUAGCUUCUCAAAGCCAUUCAUUAAAACCAGGAAACAGGCAACAUCCAUCUCCCAGCAUCUUUGGAACACUCAUUAGAAUCAGGAGACACUCAUCCUCCAUCUCCCAGCAUCUCUGGAACACUCAUUAGAACCUGGAAGCAACCAUCUUCCAUCUCCCAGCUUCUCAGAGGCACUCAUUAGAAUAAAGAGUCAGCCAUCUGCUAGCUUCUCAGAAUCACUCAUUAGAAACAGCAGAUGGCCAUCAUCCAUCUUGCAGCUACUUCGAAGCACUCAUUAGAACCAGGAAGCAAAUUAUUUAAUCUCCCAUAUUCUCUGGAACACUCAUUAGCGCCAGAAGACAGCCAUCUUCCAUCUCCUAGCUUAUCUGGAACAUUCAUGAGAACCAGGAGAUGGCCAUCUUACAUCUCUCAGCUUCUCCGUGACACUCAUUAGAACCAGUUUUCAUGAUAAUACUUAUGUAUAAAUAUAUAUAUUUAUAUGUGUGUGUGUCAUCUGAAAGAUAUUAACAAUAUUUUUGAUAAAACAAUAUUUCUAAACAGAAGUACUUGUCAUAUGAUCACCCUAGCUAUUUAGUUAAGUCUGAAAGAGAACUAUUACUUGAAUUUUGCUUAUCUGAAUGAAAUAAACAUUUGGCACCAUGCAUUAAAAUUAGGUAGAUACAGCAAAAUAUUAGUGAUCACAAUUAUUUUGGAAUGCCUCCCUUCAUCUGGAAAGAGUAGUUCAUCCGUAUUGUCCUUCAGAAUACAGUAAACACGAUUUUAUAUAAUUUGGAUAAAAAAACCUUACUGUCUGCAGCAGAACACUGGAAUUAAUUAUACAUUUUCUGAAACAAACAAAAUAUUGUUUAGUAUUGUUGUAGGAACAUCAUGCUAAAAUAAAGCAUUUCAUUUCAACUGAUAUUAUUGUGAAAUAAUGCACAUUUGUAAUUUGUUGGGUCUUUACCAGUGGCAAAUUAAUUAUGCACAUUAAUUACUGAAGCACUUUCCAUUCUCCAGUGUUUAGACAGAAUUUGGGAGAAGGCACGUGUGUGAUGUAGGUUUUGCAAUUCUAAUGAUGGAACUGACAUGGAGUUUGAGCUAAGUAGGUUAUUCAAUAAAUUGUGAAUUGUGGGAAAUUGCUAAUUCUGGCACAGCUGGAAAAAUAGGUGAGAAUUAUGAUUUUUCCAAAUAGACUAUACUGGCCUAAAUUCACUUUUUAAAUCUCCAAAAUUUUCAGUUUAGCAAAUAAAUUCUAAGGUUUCAAAUGUCAUUGUCUAAUUGUAUCUCUUUCCUUUUGUAUGAGUGUAAAAUCAAUGUUGUUGAUAUUUUCUAGACUUUUUUAGAUUUGGUUUAGAUUUGUUUUCGGAACGAACUUCAUUUCGGACGAUUUGGUGGUUCGACAAAAUCCAGAAUCCUCAGCCAACAUAACGCCGAAUAAUGGACUAAACGAAAUGCACAAUGGCAAACAAGGUUCGGGGCGAGUCAAAAAUCUAAAUUUUCCCCAUUGUUUCCAAAACAAACAUACAAGAUGAUUGAUGGGAAAAAGGAUGAUUGACCACUGGGAACAGUCACUAUAUGAUGGGUUUAUUCACAGGUCAAGUAAAGUUAUCAAAGUAGGUAAAAAAUGUUUUACCACAAUUUAGUAUAGGGAACGACCUUGAAUACGAUGGAUGGAACAAGGAGAGACCAGACAGAUCUAGAAGCAUCUGAAAAAUAAGACUAUCAUUGAUUAAAAAUAUUUUAGGUGAUAUAAUGAUCAACUGAUAUCUUUUUGAGUCAUUGGUUAAAUUGUGGUUUUAAUGAAUUCCACACUAAAAAAACAGUAUUUGAGGACUGUAUCAAGUAAUAGUAUUUUAUGUAUUAAUAUACAGUCUUGGGAAAAAGAAAGUACACUCUCUUUGAAUUAUAUGGUUUUAAAUAUCAGGGCAUAAUAACAACCAUCCGUUCCUUAGCAGGUCUUAAAAUUAGGUAAAUACAACCUCAGGUGAACAUCAACACAUGACGUAUUAUACCGCAUUCAUAAUUUAUUUAUUUAACAUAAAUGAAGCCAAAAUGGAGGACAUGUGUGAAAAGCUAAGUGCACCCAUACUGCUUCCAUAGGAAUUAAGAAGCUAAGUAGCAGGCAGGUGCUGUUAAUAAAAUGCCCUUACUUAAUUGAUCAUCAACAAGUGUGACCAUUUUUAUUAAAGCCAAAGUUCUAGCAGUUUGCUGGUCUGGCGCAUUCAGGUGUGCCAAGGAGGAAAGACAUCAGCAAUGUUCUUAGAGAAGCAAUUGCUGCUGCCCAUCAAACUGGGGAGGGUUAUAAGGCCUUUUCCAAACAAUUUAAAGUCCAUCAUUCUACAGUGAGAAAACAUAUUCAAAAGUAGAAAACAUUCAAGCAGUUGCCAAACUUUCCAGGAGUGGACAUUCUAGCAAAUUGACCCCAAGGUUCACCCCAAUGCUGAGAGAUUUUGCAAAAAACAAAGAGUUGCAUCUGAACAAAUGACAGGACUUCUGGAACAAUGUCCUUUGGACAGACAAGACCAAAGUGGAGAUGUUUAGCCAUAAUACACAGCGCCACAUUUGGUGAAAACAGAACACAGCAUAACCACACAAACACCUGGUACCAACUGUCAAGCAUAGUGGUGGAAGGGUGAUGAUUUGUGCUUGUUUUGCAGCCACAGGACCUGGGAACCUUGCAGUCAUUGAGUUGCCCAUGAACUAAUCUGUAUACCAAAGUAUUCUAGAGUCAAAUGUGAGGCCAUCUGUCCGACAGCUAAAGCUUGGCCAGCAUUGGGUCGUGCAGCAGGAAAAUGAUCACCAGCAAAUCUUCAAUAGAAUGGCUGAAAAAGCAAAGAUUCAGGGUGUUGCAAUAGCCCAAUCAAAGUCCAGACCUCAACCCAAUUGAAGAGCUUAUGAGAGCUGUGCAUAAACAAAUGGCAGCAAACCUCAAUGAACUAAAUCAACAUUAUUAAGAAGGGUGGGCUACAAUUCCUCCACAAUAAUGUGAGAGGCUGAUAAAGUCAUACAGAAAAUGAUUACUUCAAGUUAUUGCUAUUAAAGGUAGUUCUGCAAGCUAUUGAAUCAUAAACUAGAUUUACUUUUUCACACAUGGCUUCUCCGUUUUUACUUUAUUUUUGUUAAAUAAAUCAUGACACAGUGUAAAAUGUCAUGUGUUGUUGUUCAUCUCAGGUUGUAUUUACCUAAUUUCAAGACCUACUAAGGAAUAGAUGUUUUUUAUUAGGUCAUGACUGUAAGUAGAUACAACAAUAUUGUAGAUCACUGGUGACCAUUUCUGAGAUAUUAACUGUCAUAGUGUGUUUUGACUUUGGAACGUUGGAGAAAUGACUUUGCAAAAGGCCAUUCAUUAUACCAGAUUUGUGAAUAUUCAGUUUAUUAACUGGGGACAACACAGAUCGAGCUCCAAGUACAAACUGUAUGUUCUCCAGUUGAUUGCAUUAAUAAGUUACUGGCAUUACCGCCUGCCUCAAAGUCAU